AUGUUGAAGAUUCUGAUGUGCAAGGAAGUCCUGCUGUGUACGGUAGUGUGUGUGUGUGUGUGUGUGUGUGUGUGUGUGUGUGUGUGUGUGUGUGUGUGUGUGUGUGUGUGUGUGUGUGAGAGAGAGAAAGUGUACAGUGGCUUGAGAAAGUAUUCAUCCCCCUUGGCAUUUUUCCUAUUUUGUUGCCUUACAACCUGGAAUUAAAAUGGACUUUUUGGGGGUUUGUAUCAUUUGAUUUACACAACAUGCCUACCACUUUGAAGAUGCAAAAUAUGUUUUCUUGUGAAACAAACAAAUAAGACAAAAAAACUGAACUUGAGCGUGCAUAGCUAUUCACCCCCCCCAAAGUCAAUUAUUUGUAGAGCCACCUUUUGCAUAAAUUACAGCUGCAAGUCUCUUGGGGUAUGUCUCUAUAAGCUUGGCACAUCUAGCCACUGGGAUUAUGCCCAUUCUUCAAGGCAAAACUGCUCCAGCUCCUUCAAGUUGGAUGGGUUCCGCUGGUGUACAGCAAUCUUUAAGUCAUACCACAGAUUCUCAAUUGGAUUGAGGUCUGGGGUUUGACUAGGCCAUUCCAAGACAUUUAAAUGUUCCCCCUUAAACCACUCGAGUAUGCUUAGGGUCAUUGUCCUACUAGAAGGUAAACCUCCGUCCCAGUCUCAAAUCUCUGGAAGAAUGAAACAGGUUUUUCCCCUGUAUUUAGCACCAUCCAUCAUUCCUUCCAUUCUGACCAGUUUCCCAGUCCCUGCCGAUGAAAAACAUCCCCACAGCAUGAUGCUGCCACCACCAUGGAUGGUGUUCUUGGGGUGAUGAGAGGUGUUGGGUUUGCGCCAGACAUAGCGUUUUCCUUGAUGGCCAAAAAGCUCAAUUUUAGUCUCAUCCGACCAGAGUACCUUCUUCCAUAUGUUUGGGGAGUCUCCCACAUGGCUUUUGGCGAACACCAAACGUGUUUGCUUAUUUUUCUUUAAGCAAUGGCUUUUUUCUGGCCACUCUUCCGUAAAGCCCAGCUCUGUGUAGUGUACGGCUUAAAGUGGUCAUAUGGACAGAUACUCCAAUCUCCGCUGUGGAGCUUUGCAGCUCCUUCAGGGUUAUCUUUGGUCUCUUUAUUGCCUCUGAUUAAUGCCCUCCUUGCCUGGUCCGUGAGUUUUGGUGGGCGGCCCUCUCUUGGCAGGUUUGUUGUGGUGCCAUAUUCUUUCCAUUUUUUAAUAAUGGAUAUAAUGGUGCUCCAUGGGAUGUUCAAAGUUUCUGAUAUUUUUUUAUAACCCAACCCUGAUCUGUACUUCUCCACAACUUUGUCCCUGACCUGUUUGGAGAGCUCCUUGGUCUUCAUGGUGCCGCUUGCUUGGUAGUGCCCCUUGCUUAGUGGUGUUGCUGACUCUGGGGCCUUUCAGAACAGGUGUAUAUAUACUGACAUAUCAUGUGACAGAUCAUGUGACACUUAGAUUGCACACAGGUGGACUAUAUUUAAUUAAUUAUGUGACUUCUGAAGGUAAUUGGUUGCACCAGAUCUUAUUUAGGGGCUUCAUAGCAAAGGGGGUGAAUACAUACAGUGGGGAAAAAAAGUAUUUAGUCAGCCACCAAUUGUGCAAGUUCUCCCACUUAAAAAGAUGAGAGAGGCCUGUAAUUUUCAUCAUAGGUACACGUCAACUAUGACAGACAAAAUGAGGAAAAACAAUCCAGAAAAUCACAUUGUAGGACUUUUAAUGAAUUUAUUUGCAAAUUAUGGUGGAAAAUACGUAUUUGGUCAAUAACAAAAGUUGCUCAGUACUUUGUUAUAUACCCUUUGUUGGCAAUGACACAGGUCAAACGUUUUCUGUAAGUCUUCACAAGGUUUUCACACACUGUUGCUGGUAUUUUGGCCCAUUCCUAAAUGCAGAUCUCCUCUAGAGCAGUGAUGUUUUGGGGCUGUCGCUGGGCAACACGGACUUUCAACUCCCUCCAAAGAUUUUCUAUGGGGUUGAGAUCUGGAGACUGGCUAGGCCACUCCAGGACCUUGAAAUGCUUCUUACAAAGCCACUCCUUCGUUGCCCGGGCGGUGUGUUUGGGAUCAUUGUCAUGCUGAAAGACCCAGCCACAUUUAAUCUUCAAUGCCCUUGCUGAUGGAAGGAGGUUUUCACUCAAAAUCUCACAAUACAUGGCCCCAUUCAUUCUUUCCUUUACACGGAUCAGUUGUCCUGGUCCCUUUGCAGAAAAACAGCCCCAAAGCAUGAUGUUUCCACCCCCAUGCUUCACAGUAGGUAUGGUGUUCUUUGGAUGCAACUCAGCAUUCUUUGUCCUCCAAACACGACGAGUUGAGUUUUUACCAAAAAGUUAUAUUUUGGUUUCAUCUGACCAUAUGACAUUCUCCCAAUCCUCUUCUGGAUCAUCCAAAUGCACUCUAGCAAACUUCAGACGGGCCUGGACAUGUACUGGCUUAAGCAGGGGGACACGUCUGGCACUGCAGGAUUUGAGUCCCUGGCGGCGUAGUGUGUUACUGAUGGUAGGCUUUGUUACUUUGGUCCCAGCUCUCUGCAGGUCAUUCACUAGGUCCCCCCGUGUGGUUCUGGGAUUUUUGAUUGUGAUCAUUUUGACCCCACGGGGUGAGAUCUUGCGUGGAGCCCCAGAUCGAGGGAGAUUAUCAGUGGUCUUGUAUGUCUUCCAUUUCCAAAUAAUUGCUCCCACAGUUGAUUUCUUCAAACCAAGCUGCUUACCUAUUGCAGAUUCAGUCUUCCCAGCCUGGUGCAGGUCUACAAUUUUGUUUCUGGUGUCCUUUGACAGCUCUUUGGUCUUGGCCAUAGUGGAGUUUGGAGUGUGACUGUUUGAGGUUGUGGACAGGUGUCUUUUAUACUGAUAACAAGUUCAAACAAGUGCCAUUAAUACAGGUAACGAGUGGAGGACAGAGGAGCCUCUUAAAGAAGAAGUUACAGGUCUGUGAGAGCCAGAAAUCUUGCUUGUUUGUAGGUGACCAAAUACUUAUUUUCCACCAUAAUUUGCAAAUAAAUUCAUUAAAAAUCCUACAAUGUGAUUUUCUGGAUUUUUUUUCCUCAAUUUGUCUGUCAUAGUUGACGUGUACCUAUGAUGAAAAUUACAGGCCUCUCUCAUCUUUUUAAGUGGGAGAACUUGCACAAUUGGUGGCUGACUAAAUACUUUUUUUCCCCACUGUAUGCACGUGGCACAUUUCCAUUAUUUAUUAUUUAUUUUAAACAAGUUAUUUUUUUUCAUUUAAAUUCACCAAUUUGGACUAUUUUGUGUAUGUCCAUUACAUGAAAUCCAAAUAAAAAUCAAUUUAAAUUACAGGUUGUAAUGCAACAAAAUAGGAAAAACGCCAAGGGGGAUGAAUACUUUUGCAAGGCACUGUGUACUGUACUGUGUGUGUGUGUGUGUGUGUGUGUAUGUGUGUGUGUGUGUGUGUAGUCCUAUGUAUGUAUACCCAGCGUAUAGCUUUUUGAGUUCUAGAACAGAAUGAGUAAUGCUUACCAGACUAGAGAGAUCAUUUGUUUUUCUUUCCUCUUAACACAUUGUACAGACAGCGGAUGUCUGUUUCUGCUGGCCAUUUUCAUGCAAUAAGGGCAAUCCAUUAAAAACGAUGUUAGAUCCGUCUUAGGUACUCCCGACUGCUACUCACUGGCGGCGCAGCAUGCCUGCCUAUCUCUGUGAAAAGCAAAUGCCUUUUUUUCUGAAUAUUUGAGAGAGAUUAUUGUAGGUUAUGGAUCCCGUUAUGUAAUGUCCAGAUUAUUUAAAACACUUUGCCAUGCACGCAUCAAUAUCCAUAGUUCUGUUAGGCCUAAUUAAUUUACCUUUUUCUUUAUUGAGAGAGGAAACACGACUAUGAUAAUAACUGUUACAUCAGUAUUCUUCUCCAGUGCUGGUCCUGGACCCACCCACAGGGUGUGUAGGCUGUUUGUUACAGACAGUACUAACAUACCAGAUUAAAUGAUUCAAGGGCUUGAUGAUUAAUUGACUAGUAAGGGCUAGAACAAAAUCCCCUGUGGGUCUACAGGACCAUUUUGGAAGAAUACUGCUAUUAGGACUAUCACUCCGGCAUUACUUUCAUGAACAGAGGAGAGAUUGGGUGUCAAACAACGUAUGUUGAGUGUAUCUUUUAUCCAAUGUCUCUGGCAUGACUCUCUCCCCUGUUCUCCUCUUCUCCUACCUUCCCAGAAGAGCAGAAGGAAUGGAGAGUUCCAUUCUGCUUCAUCCAGGCUGCAGACCCCCAGCUUGCUCUGAUGAAGGCCUGGAGGGAGGGGGACCGUGACGGGGAGGGGACGAGUGGGCCGAAGAGGUCCAGCUGACCCAGCAGGCUGUGGAGGCCGUCAACAAGCUGUGCUGCCGGCCCAAGUUCAUGGUGCUGUGUGGGGACCUGGUCCAUGCCAGGUAAGACAAGGUUAAAAGGAAACACACCUGACCCUUAACAGGUAUGAACAUGAGGAUAUUACCUGUAUUCAGAUGGUAGACAUACUGUAUAGAAGAGAGUAGUCCAGUCAUGCUUUGACAAUGAUGGGAUCCUUUUUGUGUCACUGUCCCCGACAUGAUGCCGUCUUUUGUAUUCAUAACAACAACUGUGAGUGGAAGAGUAUAGUUUUGCUACGGCACAUUUCAUUGCAGUUAUGUGAACAUAACAGUUCUAUGUCCAGCAGCUAUGCAGAUGCACUGUUACUGACAUUCUGAUAGACCAGUUUGAAAGUCUCUGAUAUUAUAUGGGUCUAUAAAGGGAAUGGAAUAUGGCUGUUACAUAAUGAUUAAUUGAUUCCCCUUCCCCACUGAGAUUGUUCUGAUUAAAUGUAGGCACUCUUGAGAACGCUAGAGCAUUUGGAAUCGUUACAGAAUGUUCUCUAUGAGAGGCAGAAGAAUGAGCCGCCUCUUGAUACCGGCGGACUUAACAGUAGACUCCCUCCCCGCUACUGUAUCUGUGUGAUGUUUUAUCGAAAAUAUAUGAAGGAAGUAUUUGCCUCUGAGCCAUUUUCACACAAUGGUAGAUCUUGUAAAAUUGAUUAGUUUUAUCUACUCAAAUAGAUCUGAGUCUGGCUUAGGAGAAAGCACAGCAGAGGUUUGUUGGGCCUUAAGGAAAACGAAACUCCCAUUUGUCAGUGUAAGAAAAAAAGCAGAAAAACCCAUCCUUCCCUGUAUGGUUUUAAAGAGGAGGACAAGUUUGAGCGGUGUUCUCUGUAUGCCUGAGAGGCAUUAGCUGGAAACAGGUGCUGGUGGGGAAUGUAAUUAAAUGAGCGGCUAUAGCUUGGUGAGUGUUUGACGUCCAGCUGACUAAUUUGAUAACAGGGUAAGAGGAAUCGGCAGGCUAGACCCACUGCAGAGAUAAUAUUGUUGCACGCCAAUGUGCUGCUUACCAACGGAACUACCUUUGCAUGACAAUUAGGGACCGUGGGGUGCUUUGCCUUCCAAGGUUGGAUCUGUGGAAUCUGUGGCUCUGAUGUGCAUCUGCAGAAGUCAUCAGGCAUGCUUGUCUGUGUCUUCUCUGUGCUGUAUACUAUACGUGUCCAAUAUAGUUCUCAUGAACAUGAUAUUAUUGUGACUAUAUAAAAAGGUCGAAUAUUUCUGUAUUUGUAUGUUUGUCCACAUUCUGCAGAAUGCACAUUUAGCUAAAUGACGAGGGACAAAUCGUACCUCUGCUUACAUAGGAAAUGUUGUGCUAAACAGAUAACCCCAGAGCUACUUUUGUCAAUGCUUAGUAAUAAUGACCUCCAAUUUGCCUUGUACUGUACGUUCUGCUGACAAACACUUUAAUGGAUACAUUUAUACAUUAAACACAUUCCACUCCUGUACAAUCCUCUGAGUGCUCGGUAAGUAUCAAAUAUUUUCAGUGACUGCACAGUUUAAGCCGGGCACGAUUCCCUCUCAUUCCUCUUCGUCCCUCCUUCCCUCCCUGAUCAGUUGCAUUUAUAGGUCACCGUGAUAUUGCAUGUCCCUAUCAAACGCAUAGUGACAGUCUAACCGCCUGGGGUUUGGGGACAUUUUAAACAGCCUGCCAUCUCUCUUAGUUACCGUCAGGCAGCCUGAGCAGGUUGUGUGUGCCAGGUGUAUUACAAGCCACAUCCGUCACACGCACAGCCAUUUCCAUGGCUCCCACUGCUGGUGGGGGGGGGGGGUCAUCGCCAGGCAACACUCCCCAACUGACAUUUGAUUUCCCCAAAAAACGGUUUGUGUUUAUUUACAAACAGAAAAAAAAUCUGCUGCUGGCCAGAGGAAGUUGCCUGUCAACAAACAGUGCUGUCAGGGAAAGAAAGGAAAUUGGCCCCAAAUAUCUCCUUGCUGGGUGUAUCUUUGUCCUUUAUGAGUAAACAUCUCCCUUCUCAACUUGUUUGGAUACCUCACUUUAUUGUGUGAAAACACGUCUUAUUUCUCCGCAAAUGAAUUUGUCCAAAAUAAUGAUUUCAAAAUGUGCUGUGUAAAGGGGUUGUGCAGGAUGGUGCACAGUCCAUAACAACUAGAAGGUAUAUACUCAAUGGGUAGGCAUUGCAAUGUGCAGACAAUUUGUUGACACCUGUACCGAAAAUCACCAUUCUUCAGUCACCACGAAGGGAGAAAGGCUACAUAAUUAAUUCAAUUCUCUACUUGUAUCCUUCAACACCGUACAUUAUCACUGUAGUGAUCAGGAAAACACAGGGCCUUGAAGGACUCAUCGACUGACAGUUUGAUCAACCAUCACCUUUGUUAACCACCUGUGGUGUACCACAAGGCUCCAUGCUGGGCUCAGUUAAAAUGCCCAUCCCUGACCCCCUACUCCAGCAAUCCACAGGUCUUCUUCCCUAACUAGCAGCUGUCAGAGGAAACAUAUCCUCUGUCACCAUCCCAUUCCGUGCUGCUAUUAUUGACAGAAGAAAAGAUGAUUAUAUAAAAGCAACGUGCUGGACUAAACACACUCCUAAUGAACACUACAAAGGACUUCAGGGGUUGGUUAGGGGACGACAGAAGAGCACAUGAACGGGGGAAGGUAAGAGUGAGGUUAGUCUCUGACUCCCAGUAGUAUAGAAUAUAAUAAUAUACUGAAUGCCAUUUAACAGACGCUUUUAUCCAGUCGUGCGUGCAUACAUUUUACGUAUGGGUGGCCCCAGGAAUUGAACCCAUAAUCCUGGUGAUGCAAGCACCAUGCUAUACCAACUGAGCCAUACAGUCCCCCUCCACCCAUGUGGAAGCCCCCUAAUUGCUGUUGAAGGCAGAUAAAUUGGGACUCUGUGGAAUUGAGCAGCAGCAGCACAUAAUUUGGACAGGAGAGAGAUUGGGGAAAUCAGGCUCUGUGAGUAGUGUGUGUGUGUGAGCGUGUGUGUGAGCGUGUGUGUGCAGUGUAGUUGUAAUGUGUCGCUUUGUGUGUGUGUGCACAGCACAGUGUGUGUGUGAGUGUGUGUUUUGCUGAUGGGGACUUCCAAUGGGAAGAGCUUCUAAUGGGUUUAUGAGGGGUUUGGGGACAACGGAGAGGAAAGGAGAGGAGGGGAGAGAGGAGUGGGGGGGGGGGGGGGGGGGGGAUGUGUUUCAGAACCACCAGAGAGAAGAGUUAGAACUAACUGUCUCUGGUGCAUCUGUGUCAGAAUGCACUGGCUGGCUCAGUUGAUUCAUAGUGAAGUCAGUAAAGUACUUUGUAAUGCUGCCUGUGCUCUUGUUUUGUUAUAGCUUUUUAAUCUUUUAGAUGCAUUUUUUUUUCUCAAGGACAAGGUUGUACAGCACGUGAAGUUAAGCACAGUCUGCAGUCUGAUGAAUAUGGAUACAUAGGUUAAAUACAGCAUUUGGCUAGACUGAAGGACUAACAGCUAGAGAACCAUUCAAUCUCCUAAAUGCUUGAGCCAAGGAUGAGGUAUACAGUACAGGACUAUAGUUUUCUCAGCUCCCAUGGGAAUGUGUUUAUCUAGACCUGUCAAAAUCCUCUCUUUCUCAGAUAUUCUCUGAGCCCAGCUCAGCUCAGCCUAUUAAAUUGUGCCUUUCAAUGUCUAAAUAAAAUGAUACCAUCAUAGAAGCCAGUGGCCUUAGUGUUGCAAUAGCAGCAGCUACUCUUCCUGUGGUCCACAUAUAUACUGACUUUAAGAUCAGAGAUCGAUGGUGAAUGAAAAUCAGCAUCACGGCUAGACAUGUGGUUCUAGGUUACAGUUGCUGUCAAUGCCUUAAUGGGGUUGUGUCUACAGAAUUCAUAGCUAGCCAUGUUUCAUGAAUCUCAGUUGAAGUGUUGGGCAAUUCCAUGAUAAUAAUGCUGAGACUCCGAUAUUUCACUUUAAAAUGUAUUAAACAUUCAUUUUUUUAAAGCAGUGCAGAUGCAAAGUUUGGUAACAGAAGGAUGGCACAAACAGCACAAACUGUCAUUCUGUUACCCAUCUUUGCAUCUGCACUGUUCUUCAAGGAAAUGUGUUUUUGUAAAAUUUGCAGUGGAAAUUGAAAAAAGUAGUCAUUGUGCAUAGAGUUGUAUUGUUUGUUUAACUUUGUAAUCAUUUCACUUUUUAAUGUGAAACAUCUUAGUCUCAUCAUCACUCUGCUACAGUGGAAUUGACCUGUCCCAAAUGCAGAUUGAUGAGGUAUAACUGUAGCAGGGCUAGGGCUCGAGGUCUGCACAGCACUGAUUUAUUCAUCCCGCUCCCACCCGCAGACACAACUUUUCAUAUAUCGCACCUGCCCAAACCCUCUUGCUUUCUGUCUGACUUCCACCUGCUACCGCAAGAACUGGUCCCGAACCCAACCGCAGUCCUGCAAUGUUAUUUUAGGGGUAUGUGACACAGCUCACUUGCCAGUCAUGGUCCCAGCAAUUUUGCGCCCUAUAGGCAAUAUAAAAAUGCACAAAAAUAACCGAAGAAAUAGGUUAAAUUACCAGAGAUUCUCACGUGGCCCAUUAUAUUAGGCUAUCGGUAUUACCGGGCUAUAUCAGCCAAUAGGCUAGACGUAGUUUGAAGAGAGCAGAGUUGGAGAGACUUUCUCUUGAGCUAUGUUUUAGGAGUGGGACGAUUUUCAGACAAAGACAAAUAUGGCUGAUCAAUAUUUUUUCUAAGCAAUGUAGUAAACUAUAGCCUAAUCAUAUUUAGGAAGCACAUUUCCUUGGAAAGAUAAGUGCCCCGUGCUUUUCCGCCCAUGCAUAGGCUAUAGCCUACUCUAUUUCAUUGAGACCACAUGCUAACAAGCUCUCACAGUCUCACUGCAGUUACGAGUGCCAUCGCGCGCAUGUUGAUUUUGUCCACCAACACCAGACGCGAUCAAGACACGCAGGUUGAAAUAUCAAAACGAACUCUGAACCAACUAUAUUAAUUUGGGGACAGGUCGAAAAGCAUUAAACAUUUAUGGCAAUUUAGCUAGCUAGCUUGCUGUUGCUAGCUAAUUUGUCCUGGGAUAUAAACAUUGGGUUGUUAUUUUACCUGAAAUACACAAGGUCCUCUACUCCGACAAUUAAUUCACAGAUAAAAGGGUAAACCGAGUUCGUUUCUAGUAAUCUCUACUCCUUCAGGCUUCUUCUUCUUUGGACUUUAUAUGGCGGUUGGCAACCAACUUUAAGGUGCAAUACCACCACCAACUGGACUGGAGUGUGGACCUCAGUUCAUCUUUCAAUCACCCACGUGUGUAUAUGCUCCUAAAAACCAAUGAGGAGAUGGGAGAGAUGGGACUUCCAGCGCAUCAAGCGUCACAAAUAGAACCAAGAUCUAUUUUAACGCCUGGCUAUGCAGACGCUCGUUGACGCGCGCGAGCAGUGUGGGUGCAAUGAUUGAAAAACAUGUAUGUGUAAAUAUAUUUUGCAACGCUCGCGCACGCGACACGGGUGGUGUGGUCAGCAUGUUAGACAUUCAUCCACGUUCUCCAAAGGUCAAGUUUAGAAGUGUUUUUGUUCCUCCUGCUGCUCUGUAUCGUUCCAUUUCUCCAAAUGUCAAAUUUAGAACUUAAGGGUUAAUGUUAGGGACACAUUCUGAAUGGUUAAGGGAAGGCUUAAGGUUAGGGACUCAUUCUGAAUGGUUAAGGUAAGGGUUAUGGAUAGGGAUUCAUUCUGAAUGGUUAAGGUAAGGGUUAAGGUUAGGGACUCAUUCUGAAUGGUUAAAGUAAGGGUUAAGGAUAGGGACUCAUUCUGAAUGGUUAAGGUAAGGGUUAAGGUUAGGGACUCAUUCUGAAUGGUUAAGGUAAGGGUUAAGGAUAGGGACUCAUUCUGAAUGGUUAAGGUAAGGGUUAAGGUUAGGGACUCAUUCUGAAUGGUUAAGGUAAGGGUUAAGGUUAGGGACUCAUUCUGAAUGGUUAAGGUAAGGGUUAAGGAUAGGGACUCAUUCUGAAUGGUUAAGGUAAGGGUUAAGGUUAGGCACUCAUUCUGAAUGGUUAAGGUAAGGGUUAAGGUUAGGGACUCAUUGUGAAUGGUUAACGUAAGGGUUAAGGUUAGGCACUCAUUCUGAAUGGUUAAGGUAAGGGUUAAAGGUUAGGGACUCAUUCUGAAUUGUUAAGGUAAGGGUUAAGGAUAGGGACUCAUUCUGAAUGGUUAAGGUAAGGGUUAAGGUUAGGGACUCAUUCUGAAUGGUUAAGGUAAGGGUUAAGGUUAGGGACUCAUUCUGAAUGGUUAAGGUAAAGGUUAAGGUUAGGGAUUCAUUCUGAAUGGUUAAGGUAAGGGUUAAGGUGAUAGGGACUCAUUCUGAAUGGUUAAGGUAAGGUUAGGUGAGCACUCAUUCUGAAUGGUUAAGUGUAAGGUUAAGGUGGGCUCAUUUGAUGGUUAAGAGUAAGGGUUAGUUGGCACUCCUUCUGAAUGGUUUAAGGUAGGGUUAAGUUAGGACUCAUUCUGAAUGUUUAAGGUAGGGUAAGGAUGGGACUCAUUCUGAUGGUUAAGGUAAGGGUUAAGGUUAGGGACUCUUCUGAAUGGUUAAGGUAAGGGUUAGGUUAGGGACUCAUUCUGAUUGUUAAGGAAGGGUUAAGUUAGGGACUCAUUUCUGAAUGGUUUAUGUAAGGUUAAGGUUAGGGUUCAUCUGAAUGGUAAGGUCAAGGUUUAAGGUUAGGGACUCAUUUUCUGAAGGUUUAAAGAAAGUAAGGGUUAGGAUAGGGACCAUCUGAAUGGGUAAGGUAAGGUUAAGGUAGGGACUCAUUCUGAAUGUUUAAGUACGGGUUAGGGUUAGGGUUAAAACCAAAAAUGUAAAACCAGUGUCCACAACUGGGAUUGAACACAAAAGCUUUUGAUCCAGACUCAUGGGUAUUAUGCCCAUACGCCACCCCCUAACAAAACCCAAGCCUACUUGAUGUAAUAGCGCUUACUGUUGCCCCUAGUGGUCGGUUUUGAAGGCAUUUCCCGACGUCCUCAGGACAUGGAUAGACGUCCAAUUUCGAUGUCAAUCUUGAACGAUCUCCCUGGGUAGCCUAUGCCGGCGUUGCACCUUUUCCUUUUCAAUUAUGAUUUAAAAAAAUGGAUUGCACCUCAACUCACGUUGGUUGAGCGCCCUCCACUUCUUUCCAUUAACAAUAUUUAUUUAAAGACACUGUAGUAAACUAUAGUCUAAUCAUAUUUAAUUUAAUUUCAUUGGAAAGAUAACUGCCAAAUGAUUCUCCGCCAAUGCAUUGGCAGCCUACUCUAUUUCAUUGAGACCACACAUACACCCAACUGGGAGAGUAGAGGUAGGCUACUUAACUUGAACCGCAGCAUGAAAAAAGGCUGACCGCCCAGCAAUGAUCUCUGUCGGGACCUGCAGCUGAGCAGGUUUGGGGCUGCUGAUUCAUGGACGUCUCAUAGCAGCUAAUGCCUGUAUGGUGUAUUGUGGUGGAUCUAACAGCAGUAGCCUGUUUGGUGUAGUGUGGUGGAUCUAACAGCAAUUGCCUGUUUGGUGUAUUGUGGUGGAUCUAACAGCAGUAGCCUGUUUGGUGUAGUGUGGUGGAUCUAACAGCAGUAGCCUGUAUGGUGUAGUGUGGUGGAUCUAACAGCAGUAGCCUGUCUGGUGUAGUGUGGUGGAUCUAACAGCAGAGCCAUGUAAUAAGUGGUAUGUGAUCUAACAGCAGAGCUAGACUGUCUAGUGGGGGAUCUAACAGCAGUACCUAUGGUGUAGUGUGGGAUUAACAGCAUAGCCUGUCUGGUAUUGGUGGAUCUAGACAACAACGUUGGUAUUGUGGAUCUAACAGCAGAGCUGUCUGGGGUAGUGUGGAUCUAACAGCAGUAGCCUGUAUGGUGUAGUGUGGUGGAUCUAACAACAGUAGCCGAUGACACAACAGUGGUAUGCCUGAUCACCGACAACGAUGAGACAGCCUAUAGGGAGGAGGUCAGAGACCUGGCCGUGUGGUGCCAGGAUAACAACCUCUCCCUCAAUGUGAUCAAGACAAACAGAUGAUUGUGGACUACAGGACAAAGAGGACCGAGCACGCCCCCAUUCUCAUCGACGGGGCUGUAGUGGAGCAGGUUGAGAGCUUCAAGUUCCUUGGUGUCCACAUCACCAACAAACUAUCUUGGUCCAAACACAACAAGACAGUCGUGAAGAGGGCACGACAAAGCCUAUUCCCCCUCAGGAGACUGAAAAGAUUUGGCAUGGGUCCUCAGAUCCUCAAAAGGUUCUACAGCUGUACCAUCGAGAGCAUCCUGACUGGUUGCAUCACUGCCUGGUAUGGCAACUGCUCGGCCUCUGACAGAGGGUAGUGUGUACGGCCCAAUACAUCACUGGGGCCAAGUUUCCUGCCAUCCAGGACCUCUAUACCAGGCGGUGUCAGAGGAAGGCCCUAAAAAUUGUCAAAGACUCAAGUCUAGAUCCAAAAGGCUUCUUAACAGCUUCUACCCCCAAGCCAUAAGACUCCUGAACAGCUAAUCAAAUGGCUACCCGGACUAUUUUCAUUCUCCCCCCCCCCCCCCCCCCAUCCCCUCUUUUACGCUGCUGCUACUCUCUGUUUAUUAUCUAUGCAUAGUCACUUUAACUCUAUCUACAUGCACAUAUUACCUCAAUUACCUCGACUAACCUGUGCCCCCGCACAUUGACUCUGUACCGGUACCCCCUGUACAGUGAGGGAAAAAAGUAUUUGAUCCCCUGCUGAUUUUGUACAUUUGCCCACUGACAAAGGAAUGAUUAGUCUAUAAUUUUAAUGGUAGGUUUAUUUGAACAGUGAGAGACAGAAUAACAACAAAAAAAUCCAGAAAACGCAUUUUAAUGGGGGAAAUAAGUAUUUGACCCCUCUGCAAAACAUGACUUAGUACUUGGUGGCAAAACCCUUGUUGGCAAUCACAGAGUUCAGAUGUUUCUUGUAGUUGGCCACCAGGUUUGCACACAUCUCAGGAAGGAUUUUGUCCCACUCCUCUUUGCAGAUCUUCUCCAAGUCAUUAAGGCUUCGAGGCUGACGUUUGGCAACUCGAACCUUCAGCUCCCUCCACAGAUUUUCUAUGGGAUUAAGGUCUGGAGACUGGCUAGGCCACUCCAGGACCUUAAUGUGCUUCUUCUUGAGCCACUCCUUUGUUGCCUUGGCCGUGUGUUUUGGGUCAUUAUCAUGCUGGAAUACCCAUCCACGACCCAUUCUCAAUGCCCUGGCUGAGGGAAGGAGGUUCUCACCCAAGAUUUGACGGUACAUGGCCCCGUCCAUCGUCCCUUUGAUGCGGUGAAGUUGUCCUGUCCCCUUAGCAGAAAAACACCCCCAAAGCAUAAUGUUUGACAGUGGGAUGGUGUUCUUGGGGUCACAGCUUCUACCCCCAAGCCAUAAGACUCCUGAACAGCUAAUGAAAUGGCUACCCGGACUAUUUGCAUUCCACCCCCCCCCCCCCCCCCCCCCCCCCCCCCAUCCCCUCUUCUGUUUAUUAUCUAUGCAUAGUCACUUUAACUCUAUCUACAUGCACAUAUUACCUCAAUUACCUCGACUAACCUGUGCCCCCGCACAUUGACUCUGUACCGGUACAUUUACAUUUACAUUUACCCCCUGUAUAUAGCCUCGCUACUGUUAUUUUACUGCUGCUCUUUAAUUAUUUGUAUUUUUUAGUUUUUAGUGAUCUAUUUUUACUUAACACUUAUUUUUCUUAAAACUGCAUUGUUGGUUAAGGGCUUGUAAGUAAGCGUUUCACUGUAAGGUCUACACCUGUUGUAUUCGGCGCAUGUGACAAAUACAAUUUGAUUUGAUUUGAUUUGGUGUAGUGUGGUGGAUCUAACAACAGUAGCCUAUCUGUGUCUGUAGGUGAGGGCUCCUUUUUUAGUAUUUUAUUAUUUGUUUUGAAAAUGUAUUUAAGAGGACAGAAACAUUUAUUUAUCAGUAGUAUUUGACAUAAUUAUACAUAUUAAUGAAAGCUUCAGACCAGACUCCAUGUAUUGUCCCUUUGUUCACAUCAGCAAUCAGCAGUCAGUUGGCAGUCAUUGUACCUCAUUUGAUUGUUAUUCUUUCUUACUUGAUUGAUUUUGUUGCUGUUUACGAUAAAUAUUCCUCUGAUUAAAUAAUGUUAUUGCAUUGUAACUGUUAGUCCAGAUGGCUCUCUGAUCUGGUUUAGCCUAUCCUGUCUCCACUUCAGUCAUCAGAGGAUUGCCUGCUCAUCCAUUCCUUUCUACAAGACAUAUGGGCUGAUUGGGCUCUCCACCCCACGAGGAUCCCCAAAUGUUAAUAAAAGCAAUGCAUGCUUUUACAGACACCACAGCUGCUUGAAUGGGGAAUACAAGCACCAUAUUUAAAUUACAGAAGGAGCUAUCCUCAUUUUCCCAUUUCCUGUGUGUGUGUGUGUGUGUGUGUGUGUGUGUGUGUGUGUGUGUGUGUGUGUGUGUGUGUGUGUGUGUGUGUGUGUGUGUGUGUGUGUGUGUGUGUGUGUGUGUUUAUGUGUUUGUGCUCGUGCGUGCGUGUGUCGGAAUAUAGAAAGGUUCACUUAAUUAUAGCAGGGAGGUGAAAAUUCACUUUGUUUUUUUAUCUUGUUUUGUUUUAACUCAAUUAUUAUUCUCUACUUCAAACACAAUUCAUAUUGCCGGAAAUGCUCUUGUCUUAUGAAACCAACCCUAUCCAAACUUCUAAGGAAUUUUAACUCCAAAUGUAGGGCAGUAAAAUAAUUACCUAAAUGAAAAAAUAAAAACCGGAUGGAAGGAAGGAAGAAAUACUUUGCUAUGCAUUGAUGGGUUUGUUUGAUUGUAAAUUAUAAAUAGACGUAUUUUACUCUUUCUCCUUACUUUAUUCACAGAGCGGAUAAAUUCACUUUGUUCAAUUUCUCAGUUUUUUUAUUAUGUGGAUGGUAAUGAAUGAUGUGAACAGGCCAUAAUGUCCACCCAAACUUUAAAUGGAGAAAAAAAACCUGGGAAGUUAAAACUAAAUGUCACCACUGUUCCCAGACCAACAACCAACAUUGAUCCAAUUCUCAAGCCGGACUUGAAGGUGGAUCUGAGGGGUACAGACCCCUCAAUCCCUCUGGUGUUUGUCAGUGAGAACCCUGACCUGGGUAACACACCUACCCCGGAGACUGUAGCCCAGUUCUGCAACGCCUGGGGAGACGACUACUUCAGCUUCUGGGUGGGUGGCUAGAGUGAGAUGAAAACGUACUGUAGAUGGUUAUUGUACAAAACCCUUACAUAAACACUGGUCCUUUUGAACCGGAUAGGAACAAUUGGCCUGUAACAUGACUGGUAGGGACAGAGUGCCACCCCUUAGCUAACGCUUUAAUCAAACGUGAAUUAACCUACUACUGUUUUGUUUAUUUGUUUAUGUAUUUGGAUCCCCAUUAGCUUUUGCAGAAGCAGCAGCUACUCUUCCUGGGGUCCACAAAUAACACAAAACAUGACAAGUAACAAAACACUGAUAAACUGAUAGACAAGGACAGUCCCACAAAUGAUGCUCUAAACAUGUAAAAAACCUAGGUGUCAUUUUAGAUUCUGAACUCAAUUUCGAAUCACAUAUUAGGAAUGUGACCAAAAUAGCUUUUUACUAUCUGAGGAACAUUGCCAAGGUGCGGCCGUUUCUCUCUCAGGCUGAUACAGAGAGACUCAUCCAUGCUUGUAUUACAAGCAGGCUUGACUACUGUAAUGCUCUCCUGUCUAGUCUUCCCAAGAAAGCCAUUGGUCAACUGCAAAACAUACAGAAUGCUGCAGCACGGGUAAUGACCAAUACAAAACGGAGAGCUCACUUUACACCGGUUUUAAGGUCUCUGCACUGGCUGCCUGUGAGUUUUAGAAUUAUUCUGUUUUAGAUUAUUCUAUUGGUUUUUAAAUCAAUCCACGAUUAUGCACCCCAAUACAUGUCACACAUGCUUUUAAGUUAUGUACCCAGUAGGUCCCGCAGGUCCUCUGGCACUGGCCUUUUAACUAUCUCAAAGCCUAGGACCAAAAGGAAUGGAGAGGCAGCCUUUAGUUACUAUGCCCCCAGCCUUUGGAAUAGCCUGCCAGAGAACCUGAGGGGGGCCGAAACUGUGGACAUUUAAAAGAGAUCUUAAAACACACCUUUUUAGCUUUGCUUUUCCUCAGGGAGCUUUUUAGUCCUUCAGUUCUUAUUGUUAUUCUUUAGUUUUUUAUCAUCUUAUGUUUGUUCUGUAGUAAAUAUUUAAGUUUUUAUUUUCAUUGGGGUUUUUUAUUAGUUUUUUUCCUGUGAAGCACAUUGCGUUGCAUUCCAUGUCUGAAAUGUGCUGUAUAAAUAAAGCUUGAUUUGAUUUGAUAAUGACAUUAUCUAAAUAACAUUAAGCUAUACUGUAAUCCUAACCCUGUCUCACUCUGAUCUCCAGGUUGGCGGGUGGCUGUGUCUGGUCCUCAACUCCCAGCUGUUCUUUGAUAUGUCGGCGUGCCCCGACCUGAAAGACGCCAAGGAGGCCUGGUUAGAGGGCCAGCUGCAGAGGACCUCCCAGGGGCCUGGAGUCACCACCAAACACGUCCUGGUGUUCCAGCACACCCUUCUGUACUUGAAGACCCCCGAUGAGGAGGACGACUACUUAAACCUCCAGACCGCCACGAGGCAGAGCCUCAUAGACAGCUUCAAACGGGCAGGUAGGACUUUAAUAUUAGUCAUUUAACCUCUUAAGGAUUGGACCCUUUUUUUCAAUUUUCGCCUAAAAUGACAUACCCAAAUCUAACUGCCUGUAGCUCAGGACCUGAAGCAAGGAUAGGCAUAUCUUUGAUACCAUUUGAAAGGAAACACUUUGAAGUUUAUGGAAAUGUGAAAUUAAUGUAGCAGAAUAUAACACAUUAGAUCUGGUAAAAGAUAAUACAAACAAAAAAACAUGCGUUUUCUAUUAUUUUGUUUGUUCCAUUAUUUUUGAAAUGCAAGAGAAAAGCCACAAUAUAAUAUUGCAGUUUAGGCACAAUUUAGAUUCUGGCCACUAGAAAGCAGCAGUGUGUGUGCAAAGUUUCAGAUUGAUCCAGUGAAGCAUUGCAAUCCUGGACUAUUUUGUAUCAAGUCCGCCCAAAUGUGCCGAAUUGGUAAAUUUAUACAUUUUCAAGUACAUAACUAUAGAGAACAUACAGAAAUGAUGUGGUAAUACAAAAUGUAAGUUUGCACACUCCCAGGAUUGGAUGAUGGAUCAUUAGCUUAUACACUAACUUUCACACAUCUAGAUGGCCGGGCGGGGUGGCUGUGGAGCCAGAGACAGCAGGGGUACAAACUGUAGAACCCAGUUCCUACAUUUGAAUAUAAAAAUUGAUUUUAUCAAACAAAACUAUGCUACAUUUUUAUCUCUGGGACCCUUAGGAUGACAAAUCAGAGCAAUAUUACUGAAUGUAAGUACAUUAUUUACCUUCAGAGGUGAAUGUAUCAAACCCGUUGCAGUGAUACGUUUUUUGUUGUUGUGCACUCUCCUCAAACAAUAGCAUGGCAUUUUUUCACUGUACUAGCUACUGUAAAUUGGACAGUGCAGUUAGAUUAACAAGAAUGUAAGCUUUCUGCCCAUAUAAGACAUGUCUAUGUCCUGGAAAGUUUGCUGUUACUUACAACAGUCAUGCUAUUCACAUUAGCGCACGCUAGCUCAACCGUCCCAUAUACGGGACACCGAUCCCGUAGAGGCAGUGGCGGCUGGCCGAUAGAGGGCGCUAGGGCGCCGCCCCCUUAAAUAAAAUUAUUUUAAAAAAUAAAAUAAAAAUAAAAAAAAAAUAAUAAUAAUAAUAAAAACAUCAGUAUGUCAAUAUUUGUGUGUUUGAAAUAUGGAAUGCACACAGUAAUAUGUGUAAGAUAUGAUAGAAAAUCAUAUUCGCAACCUUUCCUCUGCCUGUCAAACGCCUCGUCAGCUCUGGGCGAUACAGAAAGUGCCCCGAGGAGGCGGGUCUACGUAGCAGUUAAGCCAAUUGCUAAUUUAAGAUAUGAAUGUAUGACAUAAAAUGUAGCUAAUCAGCGAUUUUAAUUCGAAUCCAAGGAGGGCGAUUAUUUUAUCGCCCCAAGCUCGCCCCUGAUAAAAUAAGGACCGGGCUCCAGUGGCGCCAUUUUUACUAGACGACAAUGGCGAACGCAAACGUUACUCCUCCAAGACCCAACCCUAACUCGGUGAAAUCUCUCCUCCAAGAUCCGUUUGAGAGGAGAACUUUGUCAGAGAAAGUUCGGGUGAAAGAGCUGGGCCCAGAUCAACCUGACCUCUCAAUCAGACAGCAGGCUAGCGAGAAAGGGAAGCAGUAUAUGCGCGGCUUCUCCCGUAGCUGGUACACCAGGAAGGCUUGGCUAGCUGGGUGCACUGAUGCUAAUGCUUUAUUUUGCUUUCCGUGCUUGCUUUUUAAAACGACGGGGUCAGAUUCAGCAUGGACAGGUACCGGAGUGAGGGAUAUGAAGCACCUGUCAGAGAAGGUAAAGAAACAUGAGAACACCAGGGCACACAUGGACAACUCUGUAAAGCUAGCUGUAUUAGGAAGGGUGAACAUUGCUACGCAGCUGGAUGACGGCCACAGGAUUGCGGUGAGGAAACACAAUGAGGAGGUGGAUAAAAACAGGCACAUUCUAUCCAAAAUUAUCGAUUGUGUGAAGUUCUGUGGGGCUUUUGAGUUGGCCUUGCGUGGGCACGAGGAGACUGACUCCUCGGACAACCCCGGCAUUUUCCGGGGCUUAGUGGAUUUUGUUGCCUCCCUCGACAGUGUGCUGGAGGAGCACCUGAAGACAGCUACCGUUUUUAAGGGCACGUUAAAGACGAUACAGAACGAGCUGUUGGAAUGUAUGCUGUCAGUGCUUAAGGAUUACAUCCUGGAGGAAGUAAAGAGUGCUGAUUUUAUCGCCAUUCAAGCUGACGAGACGACUGACGUUUCCACCCACUAACGUGUUUCCAGACCAUCAGAGACUCUGGGAACUUUGAUGCCCCGACUGUCAGAGAGGCGGGGGGCUUUGUGAGGAUGCUCGAAGACGAGGCUUUCUGUUUUUUCCUGGCACUGUUCCACAAGAUCAUGCCAAAUGUGGACAUGCUUUUCAGCCAGCUGCAGAAGAGGAACAUCGACCCUGUCUUCAUUAAAGCACUUGUCCAGAGGUUCACAGAAAGCAUGCUAACAAUCAGGUAAAUAACUAUAUUUACUAUUGGCUGAUAAAGAUGCUGUUAGAAAGAUGAAUAGUUUACUUACAACAGUUUAAAAGCCUAAAUGUGUCUGGUCAUCAAAGUGAGUGAUUAUCAUAGAGCCGUCACAAUUAUAUUUGUUUUAGUAUUUUAAAAGGAAAGAGAAGACAUUUACAUUACAUUUUAGUCAUUUAGCAGACGCUCUUAUCCAGAGCGACUUACAGUUAAGAGUGCAUACAUUUUUUCAUACUGGCCCCCGUGGGAAACGAACCCACAACCCUGGCGUUGCAAGCGCCAUGCUCUACCAACUGAGCUACACGGGACCACAUUAGUUUUGGCAAGAUCUGAAAAAAGAAGUUGGUGGAGUGCAACCCUCAAACAUUGAAGAAUUACAGCAGUUUGCUGCUGAAGAAUGGGCCAAAUUGCCAGCAGAAAAGGUGCAGCAAGCUCAUUGAUGUCUACAAUAAGCAUAUGUUGGCAGCUAUCUUGGCCAAAAGCUGUGCAACCAAGUACUAGCUCCAGGGUGCCAAUAAUUUAGUCCAUGACAUUUGUCUAUAUUUUCUAAAUUACAAUUGUAAACUUAAGUUUACAGAAAUAUAAUUAAAGGUGUGGAGACCCAUUUUUUCCUCUCAAAUUUCAACUGAUUUUAGAAGAAAUAGGGAAUUAUUUAAGAAAAGCCCAAGGGUGCCAAUAUAUUUGGACACAACUGUAUGCCUUCAGUCUAAUUGGAAUGUAUGGCAGUAGAGUUGUUUGUAUUUCUCCCUAACCAAAAUGGCUGCCAUUAGGAUACCAUUCAGGAUUUUUUUUCACCUGUGUUACCACGACAAUCACGCCAAAUGAGCAUUGCAUUUGUGUGCUCCUUCAGUGUGAAUGCGCAAAUUUGAUAUGGGUCACAUGUAAAACGGAUACAUAAUUGAUACAGAUUUACGGUAUGUUGCCUAUAUAUUACUAUAUACCGGUAUUGAUGCACAGACCAGUUUGGGUUUUUACUUUACCUUCUAUAACGGUAUUUCAAUGUUUGGUUUGUUAAAUGUGGUAAUGCCACUCCGCCAUGUGUAACGUCCGUUUUUCUAGUUUACUCCGCAAUUUGGGUCGUCUCUCUCCCUCUCUCACCAAGUACCACCCCGUCACUCAAGGAGCGCAGUUGUUGUUACUCGACCACGAGAACAAGUGUUUGUCCAAAAAGACACAAUCAGACGUUGAUAAUAAUGCAGGAAAGUACUACACAGUUUGUAAUAAUUAUUCAGGUGUCCACCAGGUCAAUUUCUAGAAGAGGCCUAGUUGUUAUUGAAGAUUAACUUUAUUGCUAAGUGCACAGCAGAACAAAAUUAUGUUGCAUCCCUCUCACAAAUGUAAUAGAAAAAGGCUUUAAAACGUAAUAACAUCAGUUAAUCAUGUACAUCACAGGUUAAAAGCAGUUACUAGACAUAGUUUGUGUGUAUAUACACACUAUCUGUCUGUCUGUCUGUCUGUCUGUCUAUAUAUAUAUAUAUAUAUAUAUAUAUAUAUAUAUAUAUAUAUAUAUAUAUAAAAGUCACUGGUUGUGUGUUGAGGGGGAAUUACAGUGAGCUAAGAAGUCUGAUUGCAAGUUAUCAAAUUCAACUUUAUUUUUUGGACCCAGGGCCUCAAUUCCCUCUUUGUGUGGGGACAGCGCAUCUGACGAGCAGCAACAGCCCAUCAAGCGACGGAGGAUGCUGGGACCAGGAGAACAACAGAGGUUGGCUAUAGAGGUAAGUUGUGAUGUAAUUGUCAGUGUUUCCCCAUAUAACUUUUUUCAGGCCUGGUUGUAUGUAGCCAAAACCCUGAACAAUCAGCACCUUGGUAAUCAUAUACUUGAGUUGGACAUAGGCAUGUGUCAGUCAGGAUCACUUGCAUCAAAAUAGCUUAAUUGCAAAUUAAAGCUGAUGAUGUAUCUUUUACAGGUAUGUGAUACCAUCCUGAGUCAUGCCAAAGAGAGGUUCUCCUUCACCCAGCACCUCAUCAGCGCAACACUAUUGCACGGAGAGUUGUUCCCACAACACAGUGUGAAGUUCCCCGAUACAGCGCUUGAAACAACCGUGGAGGCGUACCCCAUGUUGAACAAGGCCAAGCUCAAAACCGAACUGUCCCUCAUCUAUGAGAACAGUGAGUUCAAGGCUUGUAGUGGUGCAGUGCCCCUGUACCAGUUCUUCAUGGAGAACAACCUUCAGAGCACUUUCACAGAGACUGCCAGCCUCCUCAAGAUCCUCAUCACCACACCCAUGACAACUGCUGAGUCAGAAAGGUGCUUCUCUACACUGAAAAGGAUCAAGACCUUCCUGAGGAACAGCAUGACACAGGAUCGCCUGAACGCUCUGGCCAUGCUCUCCAUGGAGAAGAAACUUGUCAGGGACAUUCCUGACUUUAAUCAAAGGGUCAUUGAGAGGUUUGCCACUCAGAAGGACAGACGGGCAAAAUUCCUGUACAAAUAAGAUGACAGACACACACACACAGAGCAGCUCUGGCCGCAUGUUUCUUUGUAUAUAGUUGACCUUAGCAUAAAAAAUCCAGUUAUAUAUGGUACUCUAGAAAGUCUUAAUAGUGUCUUUGCUAAUAUUACUGUAUAUAUGUUGUUUUGUAUCAAUUAAUUGUUGCAGUUCUGGAGCACAUUAACAAUUAGUCACAUUUAGUAUGAUCAUAAAAUACUGUAUGCUAUUCUUCCAGUCAAAGGUUUGAGUUCAUCCACUUGAUAUCCAUUUCUAUAUUAUACAUCCUUUUAUACAGUAUAAGAUUUCCUAUAAACUUUAUAAUAAUUUCAUGUUAUUGUCCACUUUCCACUCUGUUCUGACAGCAUGCCUGUUGCGUUGCCUGUUUACUACCAAUGGUAAAAAGUUCACUUUAAAUGCAAAUGAAAGGCUUGGGUUUGUGUAAUAUGUUUUUGUGUAAGAAUGCCUCAACUUUUUAAUAUUGGCAUUAAAUAAUUACUGAAUGUUUCACUGAGCACUGCUGUCCUUCAGUUUGUGUUAAAAUAUAUCGCGAUGGUUACAGGAAAAAAAAAGUAUGGCACAGCCCCACCGAGAAUAUUUUUCACCAGCCGCCACUGCGUAGAGGUUAACUUGAUUGAACCUAUAUUUAGGAGAGAAUCCUAACUUCCACUAAAAAUGUAUUUUCACUUCAUACAUUGAUGUCAACAUGAUAAUGAGAUUUCAGUGGAAAUUAGGAUUCACCCCACAACCUUUAGUUAACAGGUAGUAGUGCUGAGCGAUUAGUGCUUUUUGAGGUCAGUUCAGUUUCGGUUUGAUUAUUAAAAAUAAACACAGUUUUUGAUUUCGGUUUCGGUUAUUUUUUUAAACAUUAAAUGCACUAUGUAUUAUAUGGGUUGAAUGCUGUAACAACACAGAAUAAAACAAUUAAUAAAAGUCCCAUGAUGGUAGGGACUGCACAUUACUGCUUAUUAACCAUGAUUUAUUCACAUGACUUUACUUUAAUAAAAUAUUUCAGUUGUUGUGUACAUUACAUUUGUUUUAUUUGAUGACUCAUCUCUAUAGAGCUGCUGCCUAUGCUGUCUGACAAAAUCACUACUUUGUAGGAUCUUCAAAGUAAAUAAGGCAUACUUUUAUGACUGCUGAAGACCAACUAUCGAUCACUUAUAUAAUGUAUUUUCAGGUAGAGAUACAUUACAUCACCAAAAGUUUGUGGACACCUGCUCGUCGAACACCUCAUUCCAAAGUCAUGGGCAUUAAAUAUGGAGUUGGUGCCAACAGUCUCGACUCUUCUGGGAAGGCUUUCCGCUAGAUGUUGGAACAUUGCUGCUGGGACUUGCUUCCAUUCAGCCACAAGAGCAUUAGUGAGGUCGGGCACUGAUGUUGGGUGAUUAGGCCUGGCUCGCAGUUGGCGUUCCAAUUCAUCCCAAAGGUGUUCGAUGUGGUUGAGGUCAGGGCUCUGUGCAGGCCAGUCAAGUUCUUCCACACCGAUCUCGACAAACCAUUUCUGUAUGGACCUUGCAUUGUGCACAGGGGCAUUGUCAUGCUGAAACAGGAAAGGGCCUUCCCCAAACUGUUGCCACAAAGUUGGAAGCACAGAAUCGUCUAGAAUGUCAUUCUAUGCUGUAGCACUAAGAUUUCCCUUCACUGGAACUAAGGGGCCUAGCCCGAACCAUGAAAAAUUGCCCCAGACCAUUAUUCCUCCAACAAACUGUCACGAUCGUCGUAAGCAACGGACCAAGGCGCAGCGUGAUAUGCGUACAUCUUUUAUUGAGUACUUUAUACACUACAACAAAACGAUACGUGAAGUCCUAAGGUUAACAAAACACAAACCUCUCCGGAACAAGAUCCCACAAAUGACAAGUGCAAAACAGGCUGCCUAAGUAUGGUUCCCAAUCAGAGACAACAAGCCACAGCUGCCUCUGAUUGGGAACCACCCCGGCCAACAUAGAAACACAUGAACUAGAACAUAAACAUAGAACACUAAACAUAGAAACUAACACCCUGGCUCAACAUAUAAGAGUCCCCAGAGCCAGGGCGUGACACAAACAUUACAGUUGGCACUAUUCAUUGGGGCAGGUAGUGUUCUCCUGGCAUCCGCCAAACACAGAUUCAGCCGUCGGACUGCCAGAUGGUGAAGCGUGAUUAAUCACUGCAGAGAACGCAUUUCCACUGCUCCAGAGUCCAAUGGCGGCGAGCGUUACACCACUCCAGCCGACGCUUGGCAUUGCGCAUGGUGAUCUUAGGCUUUUCUGCGGAUGUCCGGCCAUGGAAACCCAUUUCAUGAAUCUCCCGACGAACAGUUAUUGUGCUGACGUUGCUUCCAGAGGCAGUUUGGAACUUGAUAGUGAGUGUUUGUAUUUGUAUUUACUAGGGAUCCCCUACCACUCUUCCUGGGGUCCAAACAUAUUAAAGCACUUACAAUACAUAUAAAACAAAAUAUAAAACAGUACAUCAUAUGACAUUAUUACACUACUACCUAUCUACAAUACAAAAUGUUUAAAAACACCAUACAACAAUAUCACAAUGUGUGCGUAUGCAUGUGUCUAUACCCUUGUGUUUGUAUCUCUUCACAGUCCCCGUUGUUCCAUAAGUUGUAUUUUUACCUGUUUUUAAAAUCUGAUUCUACUGCUUGCAUCAGUUACCUGAUGUGGAAUAGAGUUCCAUGUAGUCAUGGCUCUAUGUAGUACUGUGCACCUCCCAUAGUCUGUUCUGGACUUGGGGACUGUGAAGAGACCUCUGGUGGCAUGUCUUGUGGGGUAUACAUGGGUGUGCCAGUAUUCCAAACAGACAGCUCGGUACAUUCAGCUUGUCAACACCUCUUACAACAACAAGCAGUGAUGAAGUCAAUCUCUCCUCCACUCUGAGCCAGGAGAGACUGACAUGCAUGUCAUUAAUGUUAGCUCUCCGUGUACUUUUAAGGGCCAGCCGUGCUGCCCUGUUCUGAGCCAACUGCAAUUUUCCCAAGUCCCUCUUUGUGGCACCUGACCACACUACUGAACAGUAGUCUAGGUGCGACAAAACUAGGGCCUGUAGGACCUGCCUUGUUGAUAGUGUUGUUAAGAAGGCUGCGCCACUCAGGAGUGGCGCAGUGGUCUAAGGCACUGCAUCGCAGUGCUAACUGUGCCACUAGAGAUCCUGGUGGACCGGGAGACUCAUGGGCGGCGCACAAUUGGCCCAGCGUCGUCCAGGGUAGGGGAGGGACUGGCCGGCAGGGAUGUAGCUCAGUUGAUAGAGCAUGGCGUUUGCAACGCCAGGGUUGUGGGUUCGAUUCCCACGGGGGGCCAGUAUAAUUUUUUUUUUUUACAUUUAUUCACUAACUGUAAGUCGCUCUGGAUAAGAGCGUCUGCUAAAUGACUAAAAUGUAAAUGUAAGGCAGAGCAGCGCUUAAUUAUGGACAUACUUCUCCCCAUCUUAGCUACUGUUGUAUCAAUAUGCUUUGACCAUGACAGUCUACAAUCCAGGGUUACUCCAAGCAGUUUAGUUACCUCAACUUGCUAAAUUUCCACAUUAUUCAUUACGAGAUAUAGUUGAGGUUUAGGAAUUAGUGAAUGAUUUGACCCAAAUACAAUGCUUUUAGUUUUUGAAAUAUUCAGGACUAACUUCCUUGCCACCCAUUCCGAAACUAACUGCAACUCUUUGUUAAGUGUUGCAUUUAUUUCAGUUGCUGUAGUAGCUGACGUGUAUAGUGUUGAGUCAUCCGCAUACAUAGACACACUGGCUUUACUCAAAGCCAGUGGCAUGUCAUUAGUAAAGAUGGAAAAAAGCAAGGGGCCUAGACAGCUGCCCUGGGGAAUUCCUGAUUCUACCUGGAUUAUGUGUGAGAGGCUUCCAUUAAAGAACACCCUCUGCGUUCUGUUAGACAAGGAAGUCAUCCAUUUCAUCCAGUUAUCAUCCAUUUCUCUGUUGCAACCGAGGACAGACAAUUCUUACGCACUACGCGCUUCAGCACUUGCCGGUCCCGUUCUGUGAGCUUGUGAGGCCUACCACUUGCUGCUCCUAGAUGUUUCCACUUCACAAUAAAAGCACUUACAGUUGACUGGAGCAGUUCUAGCAGGGCAGAAAUUUGACGAACUGACUUGUUGGAAAGGUGGCAUUACAUUUACAUUUUAGUCAUUUAGCAGACGCUCUUAUCCAGAGCGACUUACAGUUAGUGAAUACAUAUAUAUUUUAUACUGCACCCCCCCGUGGGAAUCAAACCCACAACCCUGGCGUUGCAAACGCCAUGCUCUAUCAACUGAGCUACAUCCCUGCCGGCCAUUCCCUCCCCUACACUGGACGACGCUGGGCCAAUUGUGCACCGCCCAUGAGUCUCCCGGUCGCGGCCGGCUGCGACAGAGCCUGGAUUCGAACCCGGAUCUCUAGUGGCACAGUUAGCACUGCGAUGCAGUGCCUUAGACCACUGCGCCACUCAGGAGCCACAUCCUAUGACGGUGCCACGUUUAAAGUCACUGAGCUCUUCAGUAAGGCCAUUCUACUGCCAAUAUUUGUCUUUGGAGAUUGCAUGGCUGUGUGCUCGAGUUUAUACACCUGUCAGCAACGGGAGUGGCUGAAAUAGCCGUAUCCACUAAUUUGAAGGGGUGUCCACAUACUUCUGUAUAUACAGUGGCUUGCGAAAGUAUUCACCCCCCUUGGCAUUUUUCCUAUUUUGUUGCCUUUUGGGGGUUUGUAUAAUUUGAUUUACACAACAUGCCUACCACUUUGAAGAUGCAAAAUAUUUUUUCUUGUGAAACAAACAGAAAACUUGAGCGUGCAUAACUAUUCACCCCCCCCAAAGUCAAUACUUUGUAGAGCCACCUUUUGCAGAAAUUACAGUUGCAAGUCUCUAGGGGUAUGUCUCUAUAAGCUUGGCACAUCUAGCUACUGGGAUGUUUGCCCAUUCUUCAAGGCAAAUCUGCUCCAGCUCCUUCAAGUUGGAUGGGUUCCGCUGGUGUACAGCAAUCUUUAAGUCAUACCACAGAUUCUCAAUUGGAUUGAGGUCUGGUCUUUGACUAGGCCAUUCCAAGACAUUUAUAUGUUUCCCCUUAAACCACGAAAGUGUUGCUUUAGCAGUAUGCUUAGGGUCAUUGUCCUGCUGGAAGGUGAACCUCCGACGCAGUCUCAAAUCUCUGGAAGACUGAAACAGGUUUCCCUCAAGAAUUUUCCUGUAUUUAGUGCCAUCCAUCAUUCCUUCAAUUCUGACCAGUUUCCCAGUCCUUGCCGAUGAAAAACAUCUCGGGGUGAUGAGAGGUGUUGGAUUUGCGCCAGACAUAGCGUUUUCCUUGAUGGCCGUUUUCCUUUGUCUCAUCUGACCAGAGUACCUUCUUCCAUAUGUUUGGGGAGUCUCCCACAUGGCUUUCGGCGAACACCAAACGUGUUUGCUUAUUUUUUUCUUUAAGCAAUGGCUUUUUUCUGGCCACUCUUCCAUAAAGCCCAGCUCUUUGGAGUGUACGGCUUAAAUUGGACAGAUACUUCAAUCUCUGCCGUGGAGCUUUGCAGCUUCUACAGGGUUAUCUUUGGUCUCUUUGUUGCCUCUCUGAUUAAUGCCCUCCUUGCCUGGUCCGUGAGUUUUGGUGGGCGGCCCUCUCUUGGCAGGUUUGUUGUGGUGCCAUAUUCUUUCAAUUUUUUAAUAAUGGAUUUAAUGGUGCUCCGUGGGAUGUUCAAAGUUUCUGAUAUUUUCUUAUAACCCAAACCCUGAUCUGUACUUCUCCACAACUUUGUCCCUGACCUGUUUGGAGAGCUCCUUGGUCUUCAUUGUGCCGCUUGCUUGGUGGUGCCCCUUGCUUAGUGGUGUUGCUGACUCUGGGGCCUUUCAGAACAGGUGUAUAUAUACUGAGAUCGUGUGACAGAUCAUGUGACACUUAGAUUGCACACAGGUGGACUUUAUUUAACUAAUUAUGUGACUUCUGAAGGUAAUUGGUUGCACCAGAUCUUAUUUAGGGGCUUCAUAGCAAAGGGGGUGAAUACAUUUGCACGCACCACAUUUCCGUUAUUUAUUUAGUUCGAAUUUUUUGAAACAAGUUAUUUUUUUCAUUUCACUUCACCAAUGUGGACUAUUUUGUGUAUGUCCAUUACAAGAUAUCCAAAUAAAAAUCAAUUUAAAUUACAGGUUGUAAUUCAACAAAAUAGGAAAAAUGCCAAGGGGGAUGAAUACUUUUGCAAGUCACUGUAUUAUGGGCCCUCACCUCACGAUCAUUCAUUCUUCUGUCUUUUCCACAGCAAGCGUAAAAGAAACACAGACCAGACAAGUAGAUGCUCAAUGGAUUAUGGUCAUUGUAGUUAAUUACCACGUUUUAUGUGCUUAACUAUGUAGAAUAUUGGCCUGUUGGAAACUACAACGCCGUACUACAUCGCACAGCUCAGUUGGUAGUGCAUGGCGCUUGCAACGCCAGGGUUGUGGGUUCGAUUCCCACGGGGGGCCAGCAUGAAAAUGUAUGCACUCACUAACUGUAAGUCGCUCUGGAUAAGAGUGUCUGCUAAAUGACUAAAAUGUAAAAAAAUUCAGCGAAACUGUGCAAUGUGCGCAUCGAGCUAACAUUGUUUUUGUUUUUUUAUGGAAUUAAAAUAAUUGAACUGAUGUUGGUCAAUUAGUGGUUUAAAAACCGAAGUGGUUUCCUUCCGUUUUGUGCUUAGUGAACACAGCCCAGAUGUAGCUGUGUAACACAGCCCUCACAGCAGGAAAAGAUGGGAUUAGUGUAACAACAGGUUUACUUCUGGACGAGUCAUACGGAGGCAGACCAAGGAGGAACACAGUACAGUAACUGGACUAAUCAAUGUACUCACUCGCUAUUGGCAGUAAUACACUAAUCAGGGCCGGUUGUUAUUGGCUUAUAGGUUUCGAGACAAGGGUAACUAACUUUUGAAGGAGAGUAUCUCAUCUUUUAUCUGGACAGGCCAACUUCCUAUCUCCUUCAGUACCACUUUACUGGACGCACACUUUUUACCCGAGUAGUUACAGGGUAAUACCCAUGUAAGCACUGUGUAAUUACAUUGCAGGUAGCGAGACAGUACUUUUUCACAACUAUUAUACCUGUUUUCAGCUUGCAUGAAUAUAACCAUGGCAUUACUAUAGUAUAUGGUCUAUGGUGGGACCAACAUUUCUAUAAUGUGACAAGAUAAUUACUGUAUUGUACACCAUCAUGUCACACUACUUCCUGUACAACACUAGUUAAAGAUUCAUAAAACAUGAUAAGACUUGGGACAGAGCGGUCUUGCAUCAUCUGCUCCUACUGUAUAUCACCUCUUAUAUGCUCCCUCUCUCAUCCGUACACUUGUUCACACGCGUUCUGGAGUUGAUUAUAAAUUCAGACUACGUAUAGGGCAUGUAGAUCUUUUUAAUUAUAGAUGACAGCCUUCUGUUCUGUACAGUACAGCCUUCAUCAGUUCGUAUAGUUAGUAUGGUAGGAAUACAGGAAUUUGAUUCAUGGCUGAUGAUGCCGUUUUAUUUAAAAGCAGCAUGGACAGCCAGACUGUAUUUCUCCUCCAGUACUGUAUGUUCAACCGCUGUAAGUCGCUCUGGAUAAGAACGUCUGCUUAAUGACUAAAAAUGUAAAUGUAAAAAUGGUGUCAUUUAUAAUGAGCCGUUUUAGUGGGUUUUUUGUUCCCACUGCUCAGAUGGAGAGGAAAGUUACUCCUCUUUGAAAACAUCCAAAUUAAAAGGGAAGAUUGUAGGGAUUAAAUUACUUUCAACACUUCUAUACAAACAAUGAAAAUGAAAAAAACAAGGAGGCAGAGAUGCAAAAAUACAUACAUUUCGGCUUCUACUCCUUUAUCAGUCAUGUACAAACUAAUUAAGAACAGACACAUACUUAAGAAGACGCACCUGUGCGUCUUGUUUCCUGCACCUGUUGCACCUGUGACAGGUGCGUCUUAAGUAUGUGUCUCCUCUUAAUUAGUUUGUACAGCACUGAUGAAGGUGUGUUACGAACCCCGUGGCUUUAAACGUCUAGGGUGGAUGGAGAAGAGACCCGUAACAUAAUUCAUGCAAAUUAGAAUCGUGACAUGGAACAGUGAGAACAAAAACUACACGACAACCAUAAACUACCGUCAAACAUAAAAGGUUUAUUUUUGAACACACGGUAAAGGUUUGGGAAAAAGGGCUGAGCAGGACCCAAGAAAUGAAACAAUAGUGUAAAACACCCCUAAACUGAUCUUGCCUGCCUCAAGAACCGCUAAGCUACUGCUAAUCAUACAAAAGUACAGUGGGUGGUCCGCUCAGGUCUAACUAGUGUUUUUAGACAGUUUUCUUCCUACGGGUAAUGUACGCCCAAGGGCAACUUGCUUAAAUUCCCCUUUUCCCAGAAACACAAAGUUACCAAACAGAGUAACCAGCAAAUGAGUGAGUACACAAAACACAAGACACCACAGUAUCCAUACUCACAUACGAAAAAUAGUCUCUAACAAAAUUACCAACUUUCCGGCUUUUAAACAAUGGGAUGUGUGAUUGAAAAACCAGAAACAGGUGGUGCAAUGCAGAGGAAUGUUCACUGAUUGGUCCACCUUAGCAAUCAGCAGACACCCCAACGACCACCAAUCAGGAACAUACAGGACACCUGUGAUUAGGGCAGAAGGAGAGGAAAAACACAAAAAGACACAGGAUACCUGUAUCCGUAACACUCCCACCCUUAAAAGAGCAAACCACAAUGGUUUGCGACACACGUUUUUAGACAGUUUUCUUCCUACGGGUAAUGUACGCCCAAGGGCAACUUGCUUAAAUUCCCCUUUUCCCAGAAACACACAAAGUUACCAAACAGAGUAACCAGCAAAUGAGUGAGUACACAAAACACAGGACACCACAGUAUCCAUACUCACAUACGAAAAAUAGUCUAACAAAGUUACCAAACAGAGUAACCAGCAACUUAGUGAGUAAACAAAACACAGGACACCACAGUAUCCAUACUCACAUACGAAAAAUAGUCUCUAACAAAAUUACCAACUUUCCGGCUUUUAAACAAUGGGAUGUGUGAUUGAAAAACCAGAAACAGGUGGUGCAAUGCAGAGGAAUGUUCACUGAUUGGUCCACCUUAGCAAUCAGCAGACACCCCAACGACCACCAAUCAGGAACAUACAGGACACCUGUGAUUAGGGCAGAAGGAGAGGAAAAACACAAAAAGACACAGGAUACCUGUAUCCGUAACAAGGUGUAAAAGCCGAAAUGUAUGCUGUUUUUUUGUUUAGCACUUUGCACUUUCCCCGUUUUGCGUUCCUUAGAGCAUGGAUUAAAAAAAUAUGCAUCUCGGCCUCCUUGUUUUUUUUAUUUUUCGUGGUUUGAACUCAGAUAUUUUUUCUCACACGCACCAUUCAUACUAGCCUGAGUGCAAACGUUCAACACUUCUAUUCAGGAACAGAUUGUGUAAGAUUUAAAGAAUGAUGUCAAGCUCAUAUAAAAAUAAUAUCAAGAUGAAGUUGUUUAACUCAUCCACACUAAUAUUUCCCCAGUUGUUAUACUAGUACAGUGAUAGACUAGAGCCUAGGGCAUUGGAGUGUUGAAGGCCCAAUGCUGCGUUUUUAUUUCAAUAUCAAAUCAUUUCUAGGUAACAUUUAAGUUCCUUACUGUGAUUGUUUUAAAUUAAAAUGGUAAAAAAAAGAAACAAAAAUAGCUUCUUAGCAAGAGCAAUGUCUCAAGCAAGAAUUUAGCUAGGAAAAAUCUUGCUUGAGUGGUCUGAGUGGGGAGAGGAAAACAGAAAACUUCUUGUUAUUGGCAGAGAGAUUUGUAACUCUUUCUUAUUGGUCUAUUAACUAAAUUACCACCUGGUGAUGUCACCAGGCAGGCCAAAACUCCAUCCCACCAAAACAGGCUAACAUUCCAGACGGUCUUUUCAAAGAGCUCUUACACUAAAAGGGUAUUAUCAUAAUUUUCACUUUUUCACAGUAUUAUUGUCACGACUUCCUCCGAAGCUGCCUCCCCUUCUUGUUCGGGCAGGCUUCGGCGUUCAUCGUUACCGGCCUUCUAGCCACUGCCGCUCCAUAUCUCAUAAUUCCAUUUGUCUUGUCUUGUCAGUUACACACACCUGGUUCAUAUUCCCCUCAUUAGUACAUGUAUAAGUGUUCCCUCUGCCCCCUUGUCCUUGUGGGUGAUUGUUUCAUGUGAGAUGAGUGUUAAACGACUGGGCCUUUAACCAUCACACUCAUACCCUUGUCUGUUUGGAGCCCUGAGAUGUACAGUAUAAUAAUAUUACACACACACACACAGACAAUGUUCUCCCAGUGAUGUGAGCCAUGUUGUCUACUCUACUGGGGGCCAGUAUGAACUUUUUUUUUAAAUAAUGUAUGCACUCACUAACUGUAAGUCGCUCUGGAUAAGAGCGUCUGCUAAAUGACAAAAAUGUAAAUGUAAAUGUAAUGUACAAGGCUACCAUAUUGUCUACUGUACAUAUUGUCUAUUCUAAGGCGCCUGUCUGUUCUGGCCUGCAGGCAUAGAGCUGUGAUCAGCCUCCUCUCUUUGUGUGUUAGCCUGUCUGUUCUGGCCUGCAGGCAUAGAGCUGUGAUCAGCCUCCUCUCUUUGUGUGUUAGCCUGUCUGUUCUGGCCUGCAGGCAUAGAGCUGUGAUCAGCCUCUUCUCUCUGUGUGUUAGCUUGUCUGUUCUGGCCUGCAGGCAUAGAGCUGUGAUCGGCCUCCUCUCUGUGUGUAACCAGGAGGUGCUGCUAUUCCUAUCAUUCCUAAUCAUCAGGGUGAGAUACGGGUUAGGGUCUCUCAGCUAUUGUUUACACAGUGUUUUAUUUGUUCUGCUCUGCCUGCAUUAUACAGCAGUAGGCAGGCAGGCUUCAGUGUAUUUUGGUACUAAGACUCCAAAGGAAAUAUUGAGUUUUUAGAGACAAUUUGUUCCUGUUAUUGGAAAAUUGGCUAGUACCUAUGAAUAAUUUUUCACUGCAGGGCAUUUUUUUGUAUCCCUAAAUAAAGCACAAUUUCAAAAUAAGUGUUAUGUUCCAUAUGUUUGGGAAAACUGCAGGGGGUAAGAGGGUGUUUUCCCACUGUCUUAUUGUUCAUGGUAAAUAGUCUUAUUUCCUAGAUGUUACUCAUUCCCACAUCACUUCCAUACGUUACUGUCUGUAUAUUCUCAGAAUGUACCUUGUGUUCCUCGACAUCUAGCUAUGGAGAGUCUGUUUCCUCCAUCUGUUUGUGUGCACGCGCGUGCAGGAAACAUUCUCAGGAUAUAUAUGUGCAUUCUGGCAGCUGCACAUAUAGGGGGUAAAACCUAUUAGUCUUCCCCUGGUUUAUCACAUACAUACUGUUCAGUAUAACACAUACAUACUGUUCAGUAUAUCACAUACAUACUGUUCAGUAUAUCACAUACAUAAUGUUCAGUAUAUCACAUACAUACUGUUCAGUAUAACACUUACAUACUGUUCAGUAUAACACAUACAUACUGUUCAGUAUAUCACAUACAUACUGUUCAGUAUAUCACAUACAUACUGUUCAGUAUAACACAUACAUACUGUUCAGUAUAUCACAUACAUACUGUUCAGAAUAUCACAUACAUACUGUUCAGUAUAUCACAUACAUACUGUUCAGUAUAUCACAUACAUACUGUUUAGUAUAUCACAUAGGCCCUCCAUGGAAUAGUAUACUGCUCCUAACCCAGUUUCUGUUCAGCUAUAAUAACAAUUGUGGUACUCAAUCACCUUUGAAAUGUGAUCAGUGCAGAAUUUGAAUGGAAAGGUAACUAUUAUUUUUGUAAAGAGUAGGGUUCAGGUCGUUAAAGUCUCAUAGGUAUAUUUUGAUUAAUUUCCCUUUAGUAUAGUCAGAGCACCCCACCCCUUCCCUCCACAUACAGAUUAAUAAUUAGGAUGCCCCCAGCAGUCUCAGUAGUAUCUACUCAAGCUCCCAUCACAGAUUCAUGCUACCUUCGUUAGCAUUCAGCCCUGUUGUAUUCUUUAAAACACAUUGGAAUUCCCAACAUAGCUAAUGGCGCUAGAGUUGUACAUACAGUAACUCAUUAGCGGAGAUAGAUAAGCCUGUUCUAAGUGUGUUACUCUGCUCUCUCCUCCUUUCCUCUCCUAUCCACCCUACCCUGCCACGGGUUCCCAGGCUGAGCUAGGCUGCAUCCUUAAUGGCACCCUAUUCCCUACAUAGUGCACUACUAUGGGCCCUGGUCAAAAGUAGUGAACUACACUGCUCAAAAAAAUAAAGGGAACACUUAAACAACACAAUGUAACUCCAAGUCAAUCACACUUCUGUGAAAUCAAAACUGUCCACUUAGGAAGCAACAUUGAUUGACAAUAAAUGUCACAUGCUGUUGUGCAAAUGGAAUAGACAACAGGUGGAAAUUACAGGCAAUUAGCAAGACACCCCCAAUAAAGAAGUGGUUUUGCAGGUGGUGACCACAGACCACUUCUCAGUUCCUAUGCUUCCUGGCUGAUGUUUGGUCACUUUUGAAUGCUGGCGGUGCUCAGACCCCUUGUGAGACCAUAUGCUGGUGCGGUAGGCCCUGGGUUCCUCCUAAUGCAAGACAAUGCUAGACCUCAUGUGGCUGGAGUGUGUCAGCAGUUCCUGCAAGAGGAAGGCAUUGAUGCUAUGGACUGGCCCGCCCGUUCCCCAGACCUGAAUCCAAUUGAGCACAUCUGGGACAUCAUGUCUCGCUUCAUCCACCAACGCCACGUUGCACCACAGACUGUGGAGCAUGCCCAGGCGUUGUAGGGAGGUCAUACAGGCACGUGGAGGCCACACACAAUACUGAGCCUCAUUUUGACUUGUUUUAAGGACAUUACAUCAAAGUUGGAUCAGCCUGUAGUGUGGUUUUCCACUUUUUGAGGGUGACUCCAAAUCCAGACCUCCAUGGGUUGAUAAAUUUGAUUUCCAUUGAUCAUUUUUGUGUGAUUUUGUUGUCAGCACAUUCAACUAUGUAAAGAAAAAAGUAUUUAAUAAGAUUAUUUCAUUCAUUCAGAUCUAGGAUGUGUUAUUUUAGUGUUCCCUUUAUUUUUUUGAGCAGUGUAUAUAGGGAAUAGGGUGUAAUUUGGGGCGCAAUCCUAGUCUCUAUCUAACAGCAGCUGAACAUUUUCUCUUAAACUAAAGGGACAUUUAUCAUCCCCAGGGAUUUGAUUAGAGGCAGGAGAUAAGACUUUAACCCCCUUGUUUUAAGCCUGAGAGGGUGAGGGAUGGAGGUAGGAGAUGUAUAGCCGUGGGACCAGAGAUUGGUGAUAAUGUAAUGUAUAGUGUAGCACCAGGUUGCGUGUCAGAGCCCAGGGGACGGGAACCAAAAUGAAGUUGUUGAAUGUCCAGUGUCCUCUGGGGAAUGUGUAACUUGUUGCACACACAUAGACUCUCACUGUUCAAUUUAGGUGAUGGAGGUUUCGGUAUGUUUACGGACUGGGAAAGAUGAGGGUUCUCUCUCUACUGUAUUGUGUCGGACUCUGAAGUCAUUUCUAUUGAAUGGGCAUCCAUAGAUGCAUGAGCAUUGUUAUUCCUCGUGCUCUCAGAAUGGGGGACGUUUUAAGGGAUACUGAGAUAUUUUACUUACCCAGAGUCAGAUGACCUCAUGGACCCAUUUUUAUGUCUCUGUGUGCAGUAUGAAGGAAGUUAGUGGUAGUUUCACAAGCCAAUACUAACUAGCAUUAGCGCAAUGACUGGAAGUCUACAGGUACAGUAGCAUUGCUCGCAGUAUCCCUUUAACUACGUAUAAGAUGAUGUAAAGUUUUAGUUGAAUCCAUGUUUCCUUUGUGUUGUCAAGCAUGAUGUGAAUUGACAUAAGGCAAGUACUACUACUAUGACCAAGAUGAGUUGUGUGUUUCCCCAUUCAUAUAUCAUGAUUUAGUAUUCGAUUUAGUAUUCAUGAGGGCCCAUAAUACAGUGCCUUGCAAAAGUAUUCAUCCCCCUUGGCGUUUUUCCUAUUUUGUUGCAUUACAACCUGUAAUUUAAAUUGAUUUUUAUUUGGAUUUCAUGUAAUGGACAUAAACAAAAUAGUCCAAAUUGGUGAAGUGAAAUGAAAAAUAAAGUCCACCUGUGUGCAAUCUAAGUGUCACAUGAUCUGUCACAUGAUCUCAGUAUAUAUACACCUGUUCUGAAAUGCCCCAGAGUCAUCGGCAGGGAAUGGGAAACUGGUCAGAAUUGAAGGAAUGAUGGAUGGCGCUAAAUACAGGGAAAGUCUUGAUGGAAACCUGUUUCAGUCAUCCAGACAUUUGAGACUGGGACGGAGGUUCACAUUCCAGCAGGACAAUGACCCCUCAAUCCAAUUGAGAAUCUGUGGUAUGACUUAAAGAUUACUGUACACCAGCGGAACCAAUCCAACUUGAAGGAGCUGGAGCAGUUUUGCUCCAGCUCCUUCAGUGGCUAGAUGUGCCAAGCUUAUAGAGACAUACCCCAAGAGACUUGCAGCUGUAAUUGCUGCAAAAGGUGGCUCUACAAAGUAUUUACUUUGGGGGGGUGAAUAGUUAUGCAUGCUCAAGUUUUCAGUUUUUUUGUCUUAGUUCUUGUUUGUUUCACACACAAAAAAUAUUUUGCAUCUUCAAAGUGGUAGGUAUGUUGUGUAAAUCAAAUGAUACAAAUCCCCCAAAAAUCCAUUUUAAUUCCAGGUUGUAAGGCAACAAAAUAGGAAAAAUGCCAAGGGGGGUGAAUACUUUCACAAGACACUGUAUCUGGCCCUCUGCCCUCCCUAAAUCGUGGCAUUGAAUGUUUCAGCAGACUUUUAGCCCUCCAUAACUGCCUACGAGACUAUUGCAGCUCUGUGUGUGUAACAUUUAUUGACAAUUUUGAUACCUUCUGGAAACAAAGCUUGUUUUAUAAGGAGGAUGGUGUCGUGAUGUGACUUAUUUUAAUGUAUGACUGUUAUUUAUCGAAUCACCUACAGUGGGGAAAAAAGUAUUUAGUCAGCCACCAAUUGUGCAAGUUCUCCCACUUAAAAAGAUGAGAGAGGCCUGUAAUUUUCAUCAUAGGUACACGUCAACUAUGACAGACAAAUUGAGAUUUUUUUUCUCCAGAAAAUCACAUUGUAGGAUUUUUUAUGAAUUUAUUUGCAAAUUAUGGUGGAAAAUAAGUAUUUGGUCACCUACAAACAAGCAAGAUUUCUGGCUCUCACAGACCUGUAACUUCUUAUUUAAGAGGCUCCUCUGUCCUCCACUUGUUACCUGUAUUAAUGGCACCUGUUUGAACUUGUUAUCAGUAUAAAAUACACCUGUCCACAACCUCAAACAGUCACACUCCAAACUCCACUAUGGCCAAGACCAAAGAGCUGUUAAAGGACACCAGAAACAAAAUUGUAGACCUGCACCAGGCUGGGAAGACUGAAUCUGCAAUAGGUAAGCAGCUUGGUUUGAAGAAAUCAACUGUGGGAGCAAUUAUUAGGAAAUGGAAGACAUACAAGACCACUGAUAAUCUCCCUCGAUCUGGGGCUCCACGCAAGAUCUCACCCCGUGGGGUCAAAAUGAUCACAAUGGGGGACCUAGUGAAUGACCUGCAGAGAGCUGGGACCAGAGCGUGUCCCUCUGCUUAAGCCAGUACAUGUCCAGGCCCGUCUGAAGUUUGCUAGAGUGCAUUUGGAUGAUCCAGAAGAGGAUUGGAAGAAUGUCAGAUGAAACCAAAAUAGAACUUUUUGGUAAAAACUCAACUCGUCGUGUUUGGAGGACAAAGAAUGCUGAGUUGCAUCCAAAGAACACCAUACCUACUGUGAAGCAUGGGGGUGGAAACAUCAUGCUUUGGGGCUGUUUUUCUGCAAAGGGACCAGGACGACUGAUCCGUGUAAAGGAAAGAAUGAAUGGGGCCAUGUAUCAUGAGAUUUUGAGUGAAAACCUCCUUCCAUCAGCAAGGGCAUUGAAGAUUAAACGUGGCUGGGUCUUUCAGCAUGACAAUGAUCCCAAACACACCGCCCGGGCAACGAAGGAGUGGCUUUGUAAGAAGCAUUUCAAGGUCCUGGAGUGGCCUAGCCAGUCUCCAGAUCUCAACCCCAUAGAAAAUCUUUGGAGGGAGUUGAAAGUCCGUGUUGCCCAGCGACAGCCCCAAAACAUCACUGCUCUAGAGGAGAUCUGCAUGGAGGAAUGGGCCAAAAUACCAGCAACAGUGUGUGAAAACCUUGUGAAGACUUACAGAAAACGUUUGACCUGUGUCAUUGCCAACAAAGGGUAUAUAACAAAGUAUUGAGAAACUUUUGUUAUUGACCAAAUACUUAUUUUCCACCAUAAUUUGCAAAUAAAUUCAUAAAAAAUCCUACAAUGUGAUUUUCUGGAUUUCUUUUCCUCAUUUUGUCUGUCAUAGUUGACGUGUACCUAGUUCUCUUUUUAAGUGGGAGAACUUGCACAAUUGGUGGCUGACUAAAUACUUUUUUCCCCCACUGUAACUAUGUUUAAUUGUCACUCGAUUAAAUUAAUCAUGUAACAAUUAACUCAUUAGGAAUUUGGGGCACACACAUAGGUUAUUGAUUACUAACGUAAUACAAUGAAAACAUGUCCCUAGUGGACUGGACUAACAAUAGCGUGAAUGCUUGGGUAGAAGGAGGGUCAGAGUGGAAUUGAGAGACAGAGAUUCAAACUAUCGUGGUUACUUUGGAAACUAUGCUCACGGUAAUCAGAAUACUUAUGCAUCCUAAUAAUGCUCAUUCGGAUUAGAAAUGCAACAUUUUAUUUACUUGUAGCUGUCCUCGAUAGUUGAGUUGAUGAUGUAGGACUCUGGUUUGUCCUUGGUAGAGUUUCUGGUCGUAGUGCUGGUUAGGAUGGAUACUUCAGAUGUACCAGCGGUUGUCUGAGAGGGAUUGUCCUCUCCUCUCAUGUCUUUAGUGAAAGUUCUCUAGACAACUAUACAUGCCAGCUGCAGACUGAAAUGAUAAGGUCUAGUGCAUUGUCUUCUUCUUCACCUCAUGUAGAGGUUGAGAGUUUCAGAGUUUCUCCAUUUCAAACGUGUGGACUAACGUCUCAUGUUUCCUGGUCUGGUCUGGUCUGGUAGAAAUUCAAUCAUUUGCAACGUUUAGGUCACGCUUCACAUCUGCUGGUCUAAAGGUUGAUUUGUUUAUCAAGGCUUUUUAUGCCCUCUGGGUAAAAGGGGCGUUCCAUCGUGAUGACACGAUCUCUGAUGUCACUCGGGGCGUGGCUAGUCACUGUGCAUAGUUUAUAUGAAAAACUAUUAUCUCAUUAGAAGACUAAAAUCACAUUCCUAUCUUCACCAAAAUACUCUCAUACUUAAUCAUAUAUUUUAUACAACAUUUAGAUGUAAACUUAGAUAGAUAGAAUAUAAUUUCAGAGUUACAGUUAUUACUUGAUACCAUCCUUAAUGACAUCACAAAAUAAUAAACAAUAUGACAUGAUUAUUCUUUAGAUCCCCACUAACCAUUUCCCACAUUCUUUUAAGUAGGAAUAUUGUUUCAUUAUCCACUUUUGGAUGUUGGAGUCUUGGCGGAAAGACUUCCUUUGUUAACAAAGGGGUCCUUUCUCCCAAUACUUCAUGGCAAGGAAGAGAAAGUGUGCAUGGUAUUUACGACCGGUCAUAAAACUGGCCCCCAGGAAAGAGAUGUUCAAACCUUUACCUAGCCGGUAUGUUUGAUCCUCAACCCAUGAGGGCAAGUCAUGACAAUGGAAUCCACCCAAAACAUUUGGGUUUCUGAAUCUUUUCACAGCAUUAUAAGGCUGUGUUGAGACAAUGACUUAUCAAUGACCCAAGCCCAGCUCAGUUAAUCCAAAUUCAUUGUGUCGCUGAGUUGUCAUAAUGCAUCAGCAAAUGUACAUUAACCCAGGGGGGUUGGAAGACAAAAUUUAAGUAACGUAAUUGAUGUCCCUCUAACUGCCCUGAAGGCCUCUGCUGAUCCCACAGCUAUUGUAUGCAGUAAUCAUGUGCCUAUGAACCAGAGUUAUACUGUUAGCACUGAGGCGGUGUGCCCUAGUAGGAUGUCCACUGUGUGCAGUUCACCCUGCACUAACAUAAAUAGCAUGAGCAUGUCUACUUCUGCUAAGCAUCCAAGUAAAGCAAUGAAAACAAUUAAGCAUCCCAGAAAAGUGCUAAAAAAAGCCCACGUUAACAUAUGUAGCCUAAGAAACAAGGUUCAUGAAGUCAAUAACUUGCUAGUAACAGAUGACAUUCAUAUUCUGACUAUCUCUGAAACUCACAUAGAUAAUACCUUUGAUGAUACCGUGGUAGCAAUAAAUGGUUAUAACAUUUACAGAAAAUACAGAAAUGCUAAUGGGGGCGGUGUUGAGGUCUAUAUUAAGAACCACAUUCCUGUAAAGCUUAGAGAGGAUCUCAUGUUAAAUACUGUUGAAGUAAUAUGGCUACAGGUUCAUGUGCCUCACCUAAAGCCCAUUCUUGUGGAAAGCUGCUAUAGACCACCAAGUACUAACAUUCAGUAUCUGGAUAAUAUGUGUGAAAUGCUUGAUAAUGUAUGUGAUAGCAACAGAAAGGUAUAUUUUCUGGGUGAUUUCAAUAUUGACUGGCUUUCAUCAAGCUGUCCACUCAAGAAAAAGCUUCAAACUGUAACCGGUGCCUGCAAUCUGGUUCAGGUUAUCAGUCAACCUACAAAGGUAGUUACAAACAGCACAGGAAUGAAAUAAUCAACAAUCAUGUACUGAUCACAUCUUUACUAAUGCUGCAGACAUUUGCUUUAAAGCAGUAUCCAAAUCCAUCGAAUGUAGUGAUCACAAUAUAGUGCCCUGGACACCAUAUGUGAACUGAUUGCCCCCCAUCUAUCCUCAGAGUUCGUACUGCUUGGUGACCUAAACUGAGAUAUGCUUAACACCCCAGCCAACCUACAAUCUAAACUAGAUGCCCUCAAUCUCACACAAAUUAUCAACGAACCUACCAGGUACAACCCUAAAUCUGUAAACAUGGGCACCCUCAUAGACAUCAUCCUGACAAUUUUACCCUCUAAAUACACAUCUGCUGUCUUCAACCAGGAUCUCAGCGAUCACUGCCUCAUUGCCUGCAUCCGUAAUGGGUCCGCGGUCAAACGACCACCCCUCAUCACUGUCAAACGCUCCCUAAAACACUUUAGCGAGCAGGCCUUUCUAAUUGACCUGGCUCGGGUAUCCUGGAUGGAUAUUGACCUCAUUCCGUCAGUAGAGGAUGCCUGGUUGUUCUUUAAAAGUGCUUUCCUCUCAAUCUUAAAUAAGCAUGCCCCAUUCAAAAAAUUCAGAACUAAGAACAGAUAUAGCCCCUGGUUCUCCUCAGACUUGACUGCCCUUGACCAGCACAAAAACGUCCUGUGGCGUACUGCAUUAGCAUCGAACAGCCCCUGCGAUAUGCAACUUUUCAGUCAGGAAGUCAGAUACCAAUAUACACAAUCAGUUAGGAAAGCAAAGGCUAGCUUUUUCAAACAGAAAUUUGCAUCCUGUAGCACUAACUCCAAAAAGUUUUGGGACACUGUAAAGUCCAUGGAGAAUAAGAGCACCUCCUCCCAACUGCCCACUGCACUGAGGCUAGGAAACACUGUCACCACCAAUAAAUCUACAAUAAUCGAGAAUUUCAACAAGCAUUUUGCUAUGCCUGGCCAUGCGUUCCAACUGGCUACCACUACCCCGGCCACCAGCUCUGCACCCACGCUGCAACUUGCCCAUGCCCCCCCCCCCCCCCGCUUCUCCUUCACACAAAUUCAGACAGCUGAAGUUCUGAAAGAGCUGAAAAUAAAAAUCUGGACGCCUACAAAUCAACUGGGCUAGACAAUCUGGACCCUUUCUUUCUAAAAUUAGCCGUCGAAAUUGUCGCAACCCCUAUUAAUAGCCUGUUCAACCUCUCUUUCGUAACGUCUGAGAUCCCCAGAGAUUGGAAAGCUGCCGCGGUCAUCCCCCUCUUCAAAGGGGGUGACACUCUAGAUCCAAACUGUUACAGACCUAUAUCCAUCCUGCCCUGCCUUUCGAAAGUAUUUGAAAGCCAAGUUAACAAACAGAUCACCGACCAUUUCGCAUCCCACCGUACCUUCUCCGCUAUGCAUUCCGGUUUCCGAGCUGGUCAUGGGUGCACCUCAGCCACGCUCAAGGUCCUAAACGAUAUUAUAACCGCAAUCGAUAAAAGACAGUACUGCGCAGCCGUCUUCAUCGACCUGGCCAAGGCUUUUGACUCUGUCAACUACCGCAUUCUUAUUGGCAGACUACCUCGCCUGGUUCACCAACUACUUCUCAGAUAGAGUUCAAUGUGUCAAAUCGGAGGGCCUGUUGUCUGGACCUUUGGCAGUCUCUAUUGGGGUGCCACAGGGUUCAAUUCUCGGGCCGACUCUAUUCUCUGUGUGUAUCAAUGAUGUCGCUCUUGCUGCUGGUGACGCUCGGAUCCACCUCUAUGCGGACGACACCAUUUUGUAUACAUCUGGCCCUUCAUUGGACACUGUGUUAACAAACCUCCAAACGAGCUUCAACGCCAUACAACACUCCUUCCGUAGCCUCCAACUGCUCUUAAACACUAGUAAAACUAAAUGCAUGCUCUUCAACCGAACGCUGCUUGCACCCGCCCAUCCGCCUAGAAUCACUACUCUCAGCGGGUCUGACCUAGAGUAUGUGGACAACUACAAAUACCUAGGUGUCUGGUUAGACUGUAAACUCUCCUUCCAGACUCACAUUAAGCAUCUCCAAUCAAAAGUUCGAUCUAGAAUCGGCUUCCUAUUUCGCAACAAAGCCUCCUUCACUCAUGCUGCCAAACAUGCCCUCAUAAAACUGACUAUUUACAAAAUAGCCUCCAACACUCUACUCAGCAAAUUGGAUGUAGUCUAUCACAGUGCCAUCCGUUUUGUCACCAAAGCCCCAUAUACUACCCACCAUUGUGACCUGUACGCUCUUGUUGGCUGGCCCUCACUACAUAUUCGUCGCCAAACCCACUGGCUCCAGGUCAUCUAUAAACCACUGCUAGGCAAAUCCCCGUCUUAUCUUAGCUCACUGGUCACCAUAGCAACACCCACCCGUAGUCUGCGCUCCAGCAGGUAUAUCUCAUUGGUCAUCCCCAAAGCCAACACCUCCUUUGGCCGCCAUUCCUUCCAGUUCUCUGCUGCCACUGACUGGAACAAACUGCAAAAAUCUCUGAAGCUGGAGACUCUUAUCUCCCUCACUAACUUUAAGCAUCAGUUGUCAGAGCAGCUUACCGAUCACGGCACCUGUACACAGCCAUUCUAAAAUUAGCCCACCCAACUACCUCAUCCCCAUAUUGUUAUUUAUUUUGCUAAUUUGCACCCCAGUAUCUCUAUUUGCACAUCAUCUUUUGCACAUCUAUCAUUCCAGUGUUAAUACGAAAUUGUAACUAUUUUGCACUAUGGCCUAUUUAUUGCCUUACCUCAAUAACUUACUACAUUCACACACACUGUAUAUACAUAAAGUAUAUAAAAAGUAUUUAGUCAGCCACCAAUUGUGCAAGUUCUCCCACUUAAAAAGAUGAGAGAGGCCUGUAAUUUUCAUCAUAGGUACACGUCAACUAUGACAGACAAAUUGAGAGAAAAAAAAUCCAGAAAAUCACAUUGUAGGAUUUUUAAUGAAUUUAUUUGCAAAUUAUGGUGGAAAAUAAGUAUUUGGUCACCUACAAACAAGCAAGAUUUCUGGCUCUCACAGACCUGGAACUUCUUCUUUAAGAGGCUCCUCUGUCCUCCACUCGUUACCUGUAUUAAUGGCACCUGUUUGAACUUGUUAUCAGUAUAAAAGACACCUGUCGACAACCUCAAACAGUCACACUCCAAACUCCACUAUGGCCAAGACCAAAUAGCUGUCAAAGGACACCAGAAACAAAAUUGUAGACCUGCAUCAGGCUGGGAAGACUGAAUCUGCAAUAGGUAAGCAGCUUGGUUUGAAUAAAUCAACUGUGGGAGCAAAUAUUAGGAAAUGGAAGACAUACAAGACCACUAAUAAUCUCCCUCGAUCUGGGGCUCCACGCAAGAUCUCACCCCGUGGGGUCAAAAUGAUCACAAGAACGGUGAGCAAAAAUCCCAGAACCGCACGGGGGGACCUAGUGAAUGACCUGCAGAGAGCUGGGACCAAAGUAACAAAGCCUACCAUCAGUAACACAGUACGCCGCCAGGGACUCAAAUCCUGCAGUGCCAGACGUGUCCCCCUGCUUAAUCCAGUACAUGUCCAGGCCCGUCUGAAGUUUGCUAGAGUGCAUUUGGAUGAUCCAGAAGAGGAUUGGGAGAAUGGCAUAUGGUCAGAUGAAACCAAAAUAGAACUUUUUGGUAAAAACUCAACUCAUCGUGUUUGGAGGACAAAGAAUGCUGAGUUGCAUCCAAAGAACACCAUACCUACUGUGAAGCAUGGGGGUGGAAACAUCAUGCUUUGGGGCUGUUUUUCUGCAAAGGGACCAGGACGACUGAUCCGUGUAAAGGAAAGAAUGAAUGGGGCCAUGUAUCGUGAGAUUUUGAGUGAAAACCUCCUUCCAUCAGCAAGGGCAUUGAAGAUUAAACGUGGCUGGGACUUUCAGCAUGACAAUGAUCCCAAACACACCGCCCGGGCAACGAAGGAGUGGCUUCGUAAGAAGCAUUUCAAGGUCCUGGAGUGGCCUAGCCAGUCUCGAGAUCUCAACCCCAUAGAAAAUCUUUGGAGGGAGUUGAAAGUCCGUGUUGCCCAGCGACAGCCCCAAAACAUCACUGCUCUAGAGGAGAUCUGCAUGGAGGAAUGGGCCAAAAUACCAGCAACAGUGUGUGAAAACCUUGUGAAGACUUACAGAAAACGUUUGACCUGUGUCAUUGCCAACAAAGGGUAUAUAACAAAGUAUUGAGAAACUUUUGUUAUUGACCAAAUACUUAUUUUACACCAUAAUUUGCAAAUAAAUUCAUAAAAAAUCCUACAAUGUGAUUUUCUGGGAAAGAAAUUCUCAUUUUGUCUGUCAUAGUUGACGUGUACCUAUGAUGAAAAUUACACGCCUCUCUCAUCUUUUUAAGUGGGAGAACUUGCACAAUUGGUGGCUGACUUUUUUCCCCCACUGUGUUAACUGGUUUUUCAUUUCUCCCUGGCCCUUCAUUGAUGUUACUGAGAGUGGAGAGCUGGAGAAUGUACAUAUCUGGUUUCCCAGGCAGGUGGAAAUGUAUACUGUUUUGUUACUGAUAGAGAGUAGAAAUCAGAAAUCACUUCGGAAUAAGUCUCUGGAUAAAAGGCAAGGAUGGAAAACAGCUGGACUGCAGCCUCCAAGGACUGAAGCUGUGCACCUCUGAUCUACUCCCACACACCACAGGAACACACAGUACAGUAGUAGUUACAAUAGCAGUGUGUGUGGGGUGACAUUGGAAAGGGAUCCUGAGACAGAGGCUGAGUCCCAAAUGGCACUCUGUUCCCUAUAUAUUGCACUACUUUUCAUCAUGAAAAGGACUGGUUAAAAGUAGUCCUCUGUAUUGGGUGCCAUUUGGGAAGAAGUAAGAGAGCGAUAUGUUGGAUGAGUGAUUUAUCUCUCAGGCCCAGGCUAUAGAUGAGAAUCCCCACACUAGCUACUUCAUUUUGUACCUCCCUCUGUCAUGCAAAUUAUCUACAGCUAGACACGCUUUCAUUAUGAAUUAUUUCCAGUUCAAUACUCUAAUGACACCCGCCCUCUACCGCACACACAAAGGGUGCGAAUGCACGCGCAUUCACACACACACACGUGCACACACACACUCUGCACAGUCUUACAGAUGUGUCAGUGACAUCUCUGUUGGGGGCGAACAGUGUGAGAGUGGGAGUUACAGGGUCCUUACCUGGAGAGGAUGGAGAUUUGCCCUUGAAGAAAUCAAUGAUCUGAACAGGUUGGAUCACUUAUUUAUCCAAUCCUUUUAAUGAAGUGGUCAGGAAAAACUCCUAAGGGAAACAGCCAGUGCUCUUGAGUUUCCCUGUCUGGUGUUGAGUGGGACUGACUGACUGGGACAUUAGAGCCAGUGACUAAUAACACUUGUGAGUGCAGACAGACAGACUGAGUGUGAAGAUGUUUAUCAUGUCAUUAAUUUCCCAUUAGGAUUCCCAGCAGGUCUGACUCUAGCUGGAGAUAUGAAUGAGCAAGUAACACUGGCUGUUGACAAGUGAUCACCACCAAUUCAUCCUGAUGCUUCACCACGCUAUCAAGAGGACCAGAGCAGAGUAGGCUGAAUGCUCCUCCUCAACAUUGACAGAGGUGUUAAAAGUGACAUGGCUUGCUUUAUGCAUAAUAAUUCUAAUUCUAAUUCUUUGGUUUUAUGAGCUCAUUACAUGAUGGUGUAAAGCUGAUGCAUUGAAAUUAAUUUAGGAUGAUUUUAUCGUAACAUAGCUUUUUAUUUUUAUUCUAGGGUACCUAGAGUUUUCUCAACUCCAGUGUUCCAGACAAUGAUAGGAUGGUUGUGUAAGGUUUGUGACAGCCAAACCCUCAGAUCGUGAUACCCUUCAAGCAUUAGGCAGGGUAGGCACAGUUCCUGUCCUGCUGUGCCAACUGAAGAUAGAACAAAUACUAAAUAGAGCUCUUACAACUCCCUAUUCUCAACAAUGAAUCACAAAUAAUGUACACAAUACAUUUCUAUCUGAACACUCUGAACUGUUCUGUCUCACGCAUUGAUAAUCCCAAGGUAGGACAUCACAAUGGGAAACGUCUUUCACACAAAGAAAGAGAGAGGGAGAAAGAGAUAGGUAGAGAGAGAGGUAGAAAGAGAGAGAGGUAUGGCUGAUUCAGACUGGGCUGGCUGGUUGCCUGCUGUCUAGCUUUCUCUCUCUCUGUAUCUCCCCAUCUCUUCCCUCUCACUCACUAUCUCUCCCUCCUUCCUAGCGCUCCAUCUUUCUCCUUCCCUCUCACUCCUUCCUAGCUCUCUCUCUCUCCCUCCCUCUCCCCUCUCGUUCUGAUGUGUUUAAUUAUGACAGUCUUCUGGAUGCAGCUCUACUGAGAUGGUCCUCAGAGGAAACCAUACUGGUUUAAAAAGUACAUACAUUUCUUUCUUCUUUCGUCUAGCUGAUUCACUUCUUCAUCUUAUUAUUCCUCCUGAGAAUUGCUUUUUUUUUCUCUCUCUGAUGCUUACGUCAUGUUGCUGUCGUUUGCAUUUUCUUAAUCUAUUAGGGGCGGCAGAAAGGUUGAGAAAUGCGUACAGUACUUGCAUGCUGGUUGAUAUGUUGAUGAGUGAUGUUCAACUUUUGAGAAUGUUUCCCCCCCUGUAAUUACAGUAUGAUUAAUCCUAGUGAUUAAAAUCUAGAUCAAACGUUACCCUCUGUUGUUGUUUUUGGUUUCUCUAGGUUUAGGUUUGGAAGGCUUGUCUAAUUGUAGUUCUGUUGGACUGUUAGAGGACUGCAGUAUUGGCAGUGUACACACACACGCGCGCACACACACACAUUAACCCCCACCUUAGUUGGCAGACCCUCUGUGGUUGAGUGGGAGCUGUCGUAGUGUCCUAAAUGACUUUGCCGUGGGGUACCACAGGAAAACAGAGGGGUGCAUUGGCAUAACUAUACGCUAGGACCAUAGCCUUUGGGUUUUGAUUGCAAAGGAAUUUAGCCUGCAAAAAUAAUAUGUUUAUCAUACAUUUUCAUCUAAAUUCGAUUAAUUAUUCAAUGGUGCAGUGUGUGCACCCACUGUUUUGCUAUUAAUAUAACUUAUAUUUAUUUUCUCAGUGAUAAUCCCAAAGUGUUUUUGGUGAUAUGCACUGUGCAGGACAAAUGUCUGUAGAAUCUGAAUGUUGCUGAUCAGAAAAAAAAGGCUGUUCUUGGAAAGCAACUCCAGGGUUUUCUGGAUGUUAUUUUAGUGUUAUGGAUCGAUUUCCAGGACAUGAGUGAUGUCUUCAUUUGUACUGUAGACCGGAAUUGAGGUUCUUUGUUGCCAGCUUUUGCCAGUUUUCAUUAUAUCCUUGGCAUCUGUUGUGUUUAUGGUGUAUUACUUCAGAGGAAUGGCAGCAAGCGAGCAGCAGUCUAGCUACUGCUCUACUGUUAGAAACGGAACAUCUUACUUCCUCUGUCUGCCAAAACCUGGAUUGAACUCACAGUAGAGCAUGCACGCACACACAUGCCCACACCUUCACAAAAAGAGAAAACUCAUUUAUGCUUCUUAUUCAGACUGGGGCUUGCUUGGCCAACCAGUGUGAGUGUGCAAUCAGUUCACUGCCUUCUAUUUCGCUGCAGAAACAGAGUGCUGCAGAAACACCGCUUCAGGGGAAGUGAUAGCAAUCAUUUCAAUAAUGACGAUGACGACUGUGAUGGAAAAUAAAUUGAAAAAAAAAAACGUACCCCCGAGUAACAGUUUCUACAUUUUCCAAAAAUAUUCUAAAAAUGAGUUCAGUUUCUCUGCUUGCUCUCGCUCUUUCUUUCCCUCGCUCUCUCUGUCUCCCCUCUCCCACCCCCUCCCUCUCUCCAUUCUCAGGCGUUCGCUUUCAGUCUAUCUGACAGAUAUGGCAUAGCCAAUGAUCUCAUUAUGCAAUUAUAUUGAGCUAAUAUGAAUAUAUUGCUAUGAUAUGCAGAGCAGAUACCCUUAUCAGGGACAAUUUGCAUAUGUUACAUUUAGCUCUGCAUAUGCAUGUAGACAGGAUGCAGACUGGAGCUGUUGUCACAUCUCCUCCCGUUGCUCCCCUCCGGCGCUCUGAUUCGCCGGUCUACUGAGCCACCGGUCUGAGAGCACCACCUCGGCAACACCGGAAUGGAAACCCAACGCACCCUAAUCACCUCCAGCGCACCUGCACCUCAUCAUCUCAUCACCACCCCUAUUUAGCCCUGGACUGUUCUGUAUGAUGUUGUGUGUGAUUGUUAAGCUUCGUGUCAUUUACUCUAUGUUUGUUAUUUCUCUUUCUCAUUGUUAAGUAAAGCUUGACCUUGUUAAUUCCUGCAUCUGCGUCCUGCCUCUUCGUAUACUCAGUACUCGUCACAGCUGUAUGGAGGAACAGAACAAGAUUUCAACAACAACACCAACAGAGCCAGACACCAGACAGACACCAUGUCACCUAAGGUUAAUAAAUGCUAAUAAAUUAUUAAUCGAUACUGUCAAUACUUUUUGGGGUUACUGUUUUCUUUUGGACAAAACACCAAUAUUGUGAAUGGGCAUAACAGGUCUUGUGAGUGUAGAGUCAAAUAGAUCUCAUUUCAAAAGCUUUGAUGAUAACCCUCCUCUUCCUCACACUCGCUCUCUCGCUCUCUGUGUUGUGCUGUGUAGGAGAGAAGGCAGUGUUCUCCGGCCACUACCACCGUAACGCGGGGGGGGGGCUCCAAAACGGCCUGGACAUGAGCUCCGCUAUAGGCUGCCAGGGUGGUGGUAGUGACCGCCGACCAGGUCAUCCAUCGCUACCACAGCCUGGAGCAGCUCAGUGGGCGGGGCAUGGACGAGGACCUCAGGAAACUACAGAAGGCCUGA